CACAAUUACCUGCAUUCUACGCACUUCUUAUAUAGCUGCUAGGGAGAGAGCAGCCUCUAUUACAUAAAGCAGGCAACAUGGUAUCUGUCUGGAAGUGGGUCUUAGCUAACAGAAAUUAUUUCAUCAUCUUCCUUGCACCCUUGUUCCUUCUGCCCCUGCCACUUGUGGUGCCCUCUACGGUAAGUAGUCUCAAAUGUGAAGCGAGAAUUUGAUCUUCCAAUAAAAAAAGCAGUGUUUAACUAAAGCACUAAGUGGUCUCCAACCAGGAGAUUGGAAUAUGUGAAGAUAAUUGCUAAUUAUACAGGCUUUGGUGUAAAAACAAUUUCACGUAUAGGUGUAUUUUUAUAAAUAAGCUACUUCAUUUGUUUAAAAAAUGGCAGAAUUUUCUUUUUUAGCUGACUGAUGUUGUAUUAUUGGAAAAAAGAGGAAUUGCGGGCACACCGGAACAUGCAUUUCUAAGUAGUGAUGCUGCCAUAAAGACCAGCAUUUAUCCAAAAUACAGAUUAGGGAACACCGCACAAAAAAUAUAUACAGUUUUACAUUUUGCAAGACUACUUAAACUCAGUUUAGCUUCAAUUACAGCAUAUGGCAAUAUUGUGUUAAGCACAUCACUACGUCACAGUAUCCCAAUAUUGGUGGGACCUAUACUAAUUUUUAAAACAACAGCACAUGGAGAGACAAAAUAGUAUAAAAACAGCCAGGUGCAAAUCAUAUAAACACUCCCUCAAGUGCUUUAAAUAUUCAAAUGCAUAUAGAAUAUAGAAUGCACACUAUAACAAUCUCAAAAAAACUUUGCUUUAUUAUGUACAAAAAAGUACCCUUGAUAAAGGCAGCCGGUUGGUGCCGAAACAUUGGGGGGUUUGGUGACUCGUGUUUCUGUCUUGAGGCUUGUAAGAAUUUUUGUGGUAAUUUAUUAUUGUUUUAUUGUAUUUGCCCUUGCUUCUGUCACUUUGUUUAUUUUUUCUUAUAUGUUUUCACUCUGGUACUUUUUUGUACAUAAUAAAGCUAAGUUUUUUGAGAUUGUUAUAGUGUGCAUUCUAUAUUCUAUAUGCACCUAUACUAAUUUUAACAUGUGAAAUAAACAAUCUUACUGCAAUGCUUUCUGCCUAUACUAAUUUUAACAUGGUAAAUAAACAUGCAUACUGCAAUACUUUCUGCCUAAACUAAUUUUAGCAUGGUAAAUGAACAUGCGUACUGCAAUACUUUCUGCCUAAACUGCUUCCAGAGACUCUCCACAAUUUAAGAUUUUCUGUGGUCAACUCCUAAGGGGCCCCCAUAGUGGAUGUGUGGGGUGCUCAACCCAAAAGGAAUCUGGUCUGGAUUCCAAAUCAACACAGAAAAGGGGGAAAUGGGAAAACCUGGACAAAAUUUCAAACUGCAUUUUUUAAUGUAUUUAUUAAUUUUCUUUUUGGUGCGCUGGUCCUUAAUUUGUAUGAUGUCGUAUUAUGUAUUUAUCACUGUGACCUCUUGACACCCCAUGCAAGUUUAUAAAAUGAUAACUAUCAAAGCAACUGUGCCCAGAAGGGAAUACACAUAUUUCUUCCAUUUAUGUUCAAAAAUCAUUUGCAAGCAAAUAAAAUGUGGUCUUUAUGCUUGCUGAGUCCUUCCAUACACUCAUUUAUUGAGAAAACAUUUUAUUAAGAAAAAAAGACUUAUUGCAGUGGUAUAUAUUAGUUAUAUACAUUAGACCAGGGGUCGUCAACCUGGUCCCUACCGCCCACUAGUGGGCAUUUCAGGAUUCCAGGUGGGCAGCAACAGAAUCCUCCCUCCAUCCAGAGAGAUAAACGCUGUAUUCAUCUCUCGCGCGGGUGUGUGCCCGAACAUGCAUGUGCCCCCGGAAUGCCUGUGUGUGCACACAUAUGAAUGCGUGCGCAUGUACGAGCGCGUGCACUUGCGAACGAGCGUAACAUGCCGGUAUAGGAAGGGGAGGAGUUGGAGUAGGUAGGGGGAUACACGAUAGCAUGGAGCGGAGUAAUUGUAUAAAAGGAGAUAGAAUGAGCAGAGUUCUUGCAGAAUAGGAGAAAGAAGGAGCAGAGUACUUGUAGAAUAGGAGAAAGAAGGAGCAUAGUACUUGUAGAAUAGGAGAAAGAAGGAGCAGAGUACUUGUAAAAAAGGAGAAAGAAGGAUCAGAGUACUUGUAGAAUGGAAAAGAAGGAGCAGAGUACUUGUAAAAAAGGAGAAAGAAGGAUCAGAGUACUUGUAGAAUUGGAAAAAGAAGGAGCAGAGUACUUGUAAAAAAGGAGAAAGAAGGAUCAGAGUACUUGUAGAAUUGGAAAAAGAAGGAGCAGAGUACUUGUAAAAAAGGAGAAAGAAGGAUCAGAGUACUUGUAGAAUUGGAAAAAGAAGGAGCAGAGUACUUGUAAAAAAGGAGAAAGAAGGAGCAGAGUACUUGUAGAAUAGGAGAAAUAACUUUAUAAAGUUAAAAACAUUACAAACAUGCAUAAAGUAGAAAUAAAAAGAUAACUGUAAGUACAUUUAUUGUUUUUAAACACCCUCCUUUCUAAAAAAUAUUCUGCACUUGCGCAAAAAACAACAACCGAAAACUGGUGGGCAGUAAGGAAAUGUUUCCAUCAAGAAAGAUGCAUUAGUGGGCGGUAUGUAGAAAAAGGUUGACUACCCCUGCAUUAGAUAGAUAACUUUAGAAGGUGUAAUGUGAUUAUAGAAAGAGAUUCUUUUCAGCUUGUGGAUGUUUUCACCUGUUCUAUAUGUUCUAACGCAGAAUGGAAAAUAUGUUACUGGAAGUGGAUACAUAUACUACAUAAGUGUAAUCAAUGAAUGAUUUAUGUGUUUCCUAGCUCCAUCAUUUAAACAGUAUUUGUUUUGGUCAGAGUACCUAUUUUAGAGCAGAGUUCAGUUGAUAGCUUAUCGUUAUACUGUCCAAAUGAGCGGUUUUGAUAUGUUUUGAUAUGUUUUGAUUUCUAGUUGGGUAUACAUUAGUUCUACACAGUUUCAUUUUAGAGAUCAUCUCUCAACCUCAGAAUAAGUUUACUGUAAAACUGCUUGAAGAUAUAUUAUUAUUAUUAUGACUGGCAUUUAUAAAGCGCCAACAAAUUCCGCAGCGCUGUACAAUUGGGAAAAAGACAAACACAAUAAUAACAGACCGAUACAACAGGUAGAGGACCCAGCCCGUGAGCUUACAAUCUACAGGUUGAACUGGGGAGAUGAGACAAGAGGUAGCAGAGGGAUUUGUAUGGGAUAGCAGAGAGAGUUAAUAGUAUAACUGCAGCAGCUGAUAGCAUGUGAAGGGAAUGAGGAGGUGAUUGGCUAUAGUUCCAAACAGCUGGAAGAGCAUGCUAUAUAGUUAGAAGGAACGUGGGUGGGUAGAGCCGAGAAAUUUUUUAAUAUAGGUUUGUUUUCUUAGUGUAAAUCAUGAUGUAAUCUACAUACAUGUUGUGGGGUCUAUAUGGUCUGACCAUGUGCACAUCUGAGUUGUUGCAAGCCGAAAGAAGAAAAUACGAUUUUGAUAAUGUUUGAUUUACCUGUGAGAAUUGUGUUUAUGAGCAUUUCAAGAUGAGUGGCACUUUACUAAUAGCAUACCUCCGUCUAUUUUAAUUGAUUAAUGUAGGAUGGAUAUUAACACAACAAUCAGUAAUCACCAAAGUGAUUUUUACCCCUUUCACUACUAAAAUUGUGUAUAGACGUUUAUUAUUUUCAUAUGCUUUUUAAAACUAAAUUUAGUCCCUGAUGGCAGGCGCCUAGCUGAGUUCCAAGGUGGGCAGCGAGAGAGCGCUGAUUUGUGAGCUCUCUCUGCUCAGCUCUCUUAUUCCGGCUCCCAGCAUCACCCAGCGGCGCGUGAGGGAGCUAAGCAGAGAGAGCUCACAAAUCAGUGCUCCCUUGCCGCCCGCCUUGGAAUUCAGCUAGCCUUGGAAUUGGGCAUGCCUCCCUCCCUGCCCAAGCAGCCCGGCCAGCAGCCCCACUGGACCCCGGGUAAAUAUUCCACAAACAAGUAAGGCAUAUAACCAGUACAGUACAUAUAAGCCCCUACUCUUUCUAGAUGCAAACAACAAGAUAAUGUAAUUGAAAGACAAUAGCGUUAAUACAAAACAAUUAUAAUAUUCAGGAACAAGCAAGAAGGAUAGUCUUCAAAUGUAAACAUCCAAGGUAUCCAGCGAAGCAUAUCACACUGAAAAAGAAUGUGAAAAUGCUUAGUGUCACAAAUGUGUGAACAAAUAGGUAAAACCCCUAUUAGUAAAUUAAGCAUAUGUAUACAUAGAAAUUGUAUUUCAUCAGUCUAGAGUCCCAGUUAUAACCAUAAUCUAGGCAAGCAAACCUCUACAAGAGUAUAAUAUAUAUAUAUAAACGUAAGCUAAACACAUCAACCUCAAACCCAUAAAUACAAACAAUACACCAGUAAAACUAACCAUGAACUACAGAAACAGGAAUAAAAUGAGGGAGGGAAUGGUUUGGAAAAUAAUCGCCUCCUGUCAUUAUUAAAAUUAAGAUUAUUAAUACACAAUGCUAGUAUAAUCUUCAAUUUUACCACAUAAGAGGAGGCUUCCUAUUUAAAAUUUUUAACGCUGAGUCUAAACUAAAAAAACUCAGUAUUAUCAGGUUGGAAAUAGAACGUACGGAACUUCUCUUCCCGGGACCAGUCUGCCGCUCGUAAGAUAUCAACAAGUGAGGAGCCAGCCAUCAAGGCUGCUGAUGUGGCCGCUCUGCGGAAUGGGCGCCAAUGGAGGCAUCAAUGUCUGCUAGCGAAGAAGCCAGAGUAUCCAUCUACCCAGUGUAGUAACGGAUACUGCUUUAAAUGACAGGACGUAGGAUACAAGAAGUUGUCCCAUCGAGGAGGAACGCACAGGUGAAGUAACCCCCUUAUAACAGCGCAACGCGGAGACCACACAAAGUAGGCCCACUGAGACACAUGUCUGCGCGGGUCCGAUAUCACCUAGACUCACGCAAAACCAAAAUGUCCGCCACAAUCUCGUAAGAGGCAGGAUCCUAGAUGGCCAUGCCGGAGCGUGAAAAUCAGCAUGGCCAAACGCUGCCGAACGUCGGUGCGAUCCGUCUGAACCGUGGAGAGAAAUUCCCGAACAGUAAUUAGGUUAGAAAAACAGUAAUUAAAUAUAAGACACAAAGGGUUAAGGUAAAAGAAAACAUAUUAUCCUGCACAAUAAAACAAUCAUGGAAGAGAGCAAAUACUCUGACCUGACUUGUUGUGGAGCAAGAAAGAAAGAGGAGGUGCUUAGAUGUACUGUAUUUGUUAUAUGGCUUACUUGUUUUCGAUUGGUUCUCUGUUAUGUUACUUUGCUGCUAUGCAAAAUAUGAAGCCUCCAGUCAUGUGGUAAAAUUAAAGUAAAUGUCCAGGCCACAGAACAGGACAUUCUGAACCUGUGGCAGGGAGUCACUGCUAUGCAGGAAACAAUACAGCACAUGCAGACUACUCAGAAUAACAUAGAUCUGAGGCCCACCCUACUGAAUGAGAGACGCGGGCGGUCUAAUCUUGAAAUAAGGGACAUCCCAAAAUCCGUCAAAAGAACUGCCUCACUAUUUAAGGUGCUUCACUGCCUCCCUUCUCCCAGUCACUUAAGUAAAGAAAAUAAUACAUGAUGGCUGCUAAGGGAUCAAUAAAUCAUCAAAUGCCCCUGAAUUGGCUACAUGUGACAUCCUAGUGAGAUGUCAAUCGCUCCUCGACAGAGGCCGCCUCAUGUCGGAUGCUACAGGGAAAUACACCUUAUCACUUCAAAAUCUCAACUCUCACAUUCUUCCAAAACCCUGGGCCUCAACACUGAAUCGCAGAGCCUCUCUGCCCUCUCCUGCCAUGGGGGAGUGGGAACCAAAGAGAAUAACCAUUACUUUUAAAUACAUUUAGUUUCCAUUUUCCUAUUGCCUUAUUGUUCCCUACCCAUAUAUUUCCCAAUUGGCUCCCCACAUAUUUAGUGCUUCAUCACCUUUUGGAGCGCAUUGAGCGCUGACAUAUUAUUUAUCUCUCUGCCCUGGAGCCCCCUAGGCUAGGGGUCAAACCUCUCAGUUGAGUUGCAUAUCCCGUGACAAUGGUACCAGUAUGUUUACGCUAAAGUUAACUCUUUAUUGACUAUCCCACGUGCAAUUUAAAACAAGCAGACCAGAACAGGUACUCACUACCCCACUAGUCCUGUUUCAUGGAUUGUUUUAUUUACAUAGUUCCUUAUAAUCUAGAGCACCCGAUUGUUAAUUUUCGGCUCAAGUUACUGUCCCUAGUCAGGUGGGAAGGUUUGACCGUCCCCCCAUGUAAGGCUGUGAGAUGGCGCCUCUAGGGAUGCAAUCCCCCUAGAAGUCAAGGAUAAAAUCCUGAAGGGUGAGUAUGUAGAUGUGUUAACUCUGGUAUCCGCCAACUGGGAAUCCGUGGACAGGCUGUGGCGUGGGGACGUGGUGGAUGGUGAGAAAGGUAAAGUUUAUGGUGUAUGUGAGCAUCAUGCUGCAGAGUUUCCCGGAGAGGGGAGUUUGGGUAUGUGGAUCUGAUUUGGGGGGCAUAUAAGGUUCAUGUUGGAUAAUGCUGGUUCCGCUACGGCCAACUAUUUCACCAAAAGAUGACAGUCACGGGAUGGAUUUUGGGGUGCAGGAUGGCAGCUUGUGGCUGCUGUUGAUGACCCUCUCGAGACCAACCGCCUUUUCAGGUGGGGCCAGGGGACCGCCCGGUGUGUCAGCAGGAACAUUUGCUGGCUCUUUAAUGAGAGCCACUGCAAGUGGUACGGAACUUGCAGGUUUAGGCAUGAGUGCUCCCAUUGUGGAGGAGCCCAUCCAGCAGUGCACUGAUUCAAGAAAGGUAAGCAGUCAGCGUGCAACCAGCGAUGAUGUUCCUUGGGCUGAGGACGCCGGUGAGCAUUUGUGGCUUGACCGGUAUCCUAACCGCCGGGCAGCCAAGAUUUUGUUUGAGGGUUUUUCCAUGGAAUUCUGGAUUCAGUUUGUGUAUUUAGAUUCCCCCCUCACUAUCUGGUAAUUUGAAGUUGGUGGUGGGUAAGGAGAGUAUUUUAGUGGAAAAGUUGGAGUAGGAGGUACACAUGGGGCACAUGACUGGUUCUUUUGACAGUCCAUCCUUCCCCAAUUUACGAGUCUUUCCAUUGCGAUUGGUGCCUAAAAAGGAUCCAGGGGCUUUUUGUCUGAUCCACCACCUGUCCUAUCCGGCCGGCGAGUCCGUGAAUGAUGACAUUGAUAAAGAAGUGUCCAGAGUUUGGUACGCCUCUUUUGACAGGGCUCUUGAAUUGGUUUGGGAGGCUGGGGCUGGAGCCCUGCUUGCUAAGUCGGAUAUUGAGUCCGCUUUUCAGCUACUUCCGGUUCAUCCGGAUUGUUUUUAUUUAUCAGGUUGUCAGUUUAAUGGUUCUGUCUUUUUUGAUAUGUGUUUGCCUAUGGGCUGUGCUAUACUUUGAGAUGUUUGCCUCAUUUCUGGAAUGGGUAGUAGCUCAGGUCACUGGCUGUUCAUCUGUUACUCACUAUUUGGACGACUUUUUGUUCGGCUGCACUCGGGGGUCGGACAUGAGUGUCCAUGUCUUGGAGUCAUUACGGCACAUCACGGCAGAGUUAGGGGUUCCACUAGUGGAGGAAAAAACGGUGGGACCAGUGAAGGUCCUGUCUUACCUGGGUAUAGAGAUUGAUUAUAGGUGCAUGAUAUUUCGUCUCCCAGUAGAAAAGUUGGAGCAGUUGCCCCGCUUGGUCGAUAUGGUGAAGGGUGCCAAAAAAGUGCAACUGCGAGAGCUGCAGGUGCUGUUGGGUCAGUUUUGUUUCCUCAAUGUGCCCUUGCUAGCUAAAUAUAUACAGCAGGGGGCUCAGGAAAACAUAGAAGAGCAAUUGACAAGUGGAUAGGAAACAAAAUCCUGCCUAUGAGCUUUAUGUGUGUAUGAGUAUAUCAUAUGUGCAGAGUGCAUGUAUAUAUCCCAAAGCUCAUCCAUAUUUGAGUGUUAUAAGUGUGGGAUGUGUGUGACUGUUUGUCUAAGUGUGUGAGGGUAGAUAAGAGUGAUGUGUGUGGGAUUUAAGUGAGGCUGGCUGAGAGUGAUUGUUUGGGGAUUGGUCGAGUGUGAUUCUGUUAGACUGAGUAUAAGUGUCUGGGGGUUGUGUGAUUUUAAUUUAAAUUUAAAAAAAAUGAUGCAGUAUUCAGAUUUUUUCUCAUCUUUUGCUUCUUUUGCACUCUAAAAUUUCAGAACACCCAAUAAUAUCCCCCACAGAGCCAUACAAACACACAUACACUCAGUCAUACAUACACAUAUGCACAAGCAUACAGACACAGUCAUACAGACACACUCGUAUAGACACACAUAAACAGUCCUACAGACGCAACAACAAAGUCAUACAGACACACAUAUACACAUUCAUACAUUCACACAUGCACAAACACAUAGUCACACAAACACAUUCAUACAGACACAUACACACACAUUAAGACACACAUACUCAGUCAUACAGGUGUACAUACACACAUUUUCAUACAGGCAAACAUACUCAGUCAUACAGGUGUACAUACACAUUUUCAUACAGGCAAACAUACACAGUCAUACAGUCAAGCAGUCAUACAGACAUGUACACAUUGUUAUGUUUUGACAAAGUUUGGAUAUUUCUUUUAUUAUUGCAGCUCUACUACACAUUCAUCUGGUGGCAUGGGAGUCACGAGUAUCAGCUUGUAUUAGUUCUACACAUAGCUCAUCAUGACCCACUCUGGAGUGACAUCACUCAUCUCUAAAGAGUGAGCCGCCCAAAACUGUACGACUCUGUGUGGUAUGGCGGGGUAGAUGGCAGGCUGGAUGCCUUGUAUUUCAAGGUGUAAAGUGAUAUGUGGGUGUAUUGCAGGGGUCAGGCCUACGGGGCAAUGGAUUGCCAACAACUACUUUAAUAUGUUCUGCCAUUUCAGCCUUAAUCACUGCUUUUAUAUUGUGUAACUAUAUACCUAAGGUUUAGAAAUCAGUAAGAGAGCAAUCUGCAAAAAGGUAGAUAAUAACGUUACACUAAAUAAUACACAUAAUACACGUAUUUAUUUAUUCACUGCACUAACCAAACUCUUAGAAUAAUGAACCUUUAUGCAACAUUGCAGGUAGUAUGAACUUAAAUCUGACUUACUUAUAGACUUUAUCACAGAUGCCUCUAAAAUAAUAACAGCCCCUUAACAAUCUGAACUUACAGUAAAUGUUUUCCUAUAUUACAAGCCUAUAGCUUGGACGCUGUUGAUCAAAAUAUUUUAAAAAGGAAGGUCAAUAACUCAGAUGCCGAUGAUCAUUUGCCGUCAAGAGGCUCAUGUCAACUAUAAGGGUCUCUCAACAAUAGGGGUAACUUUCCCACCAAGUGUUUGUCAAGCUCUACGGAAAAUCUAGAAUAAGUGAAGACUACGUCAGUUCUAAAAUCCUAAUGGUUUGCCUCGAAGAAUCAUAUCUUAAAUGUUGAGUGAGUGCACGUAAGGUCAGUGCCUAAUAGACCGUAGGUGCAGAAAAUGUUUGGUCUUUGUUAAAUUAGUGCAAAAUUAUUUUGUGCUGGUGAUCGGUGAACAAAUCGAUUCCAAAUUAUUUAACCUUUAAUGGAGAUUUACCAGAGGUUUGGAAUUAACAGGCGUUUUGUUUGGACAAAUAACAAGUAACACAUUUUUGCACAAAGCCUUGUCUUUGUGCAAAGAACUCUACUGCCAAGAGUAAAGAGCUACCUUUUUCUAUGGCUAUACUGGUUAUCAGCCUCGGACAGAUGAGCAAGUGUUCUGUAAAUAAUCACAUCAGGUAAGGUGCUACUCUGUUCAGGAUGACUAAAUAUGAAAUCCCAUUUGACUGGCGCCAGGGAGUUAUGUCUGUCAUGUUCUGCUUUUCUCGUUUGCAUGUGUCAGUAUGAGUAACAGUGGUCAUGUUGGAACAUCUUUUGCUGCUAUUUUAUCCUUGACAGAGCAGGAUUAACAAUUAUGUGAACUUAGGCAGUCGCUUAGCGUCCAAGGGUUAGACAGGAACCAUGAUUUUGCUUGACCCCAUUCACCUCUUUUAUGUAAAGAAUAAAGUUAGGGGGGGGGGGGGCGCAAACCAGUAAACUGCAUUGGGUCCUGUUGGACUCAAAUCCUUCUCUUGUACUUGAUUUCAUCUGCCAAGAUCACUAGAAAAAGUUGUUCAUAGGUCUGUCUGUAGAACAUAUUAGUGCUCACUUAAGAAGCAGAGGUGCAGAAUUCUAAUGCACAAUCCUAGCAGACCUCACUCUUGUCUAUUCAACUGAGAUCUGUCAGCUGGUUUGACUCUGCAUGGGAUAUCAAAUAUUAAAAAGAAUGCGCCAAUGAAUAACACAGUUAUAUUUUAUGGGUAUGCUAUUGUCCCAUAUAAGAUUUGCCCAUGCCAGUGUACAGCCAAUAAUGAGGGAGACCAUAAAACCUGACCUUAGAUAAAUAAAAAUGAGUAGAACCCUUGUUGAAGAAAUGUACACUGUUAUUGGGAUUCUUCUGCAUAGUGUUAGGGAGCCAAAGAUUCUACUACUAAAUUUGAUGAUACCUGUAGUAGCACUCAGGGACUCUGGGGGCAAAAGUACAGUAAUAGGUAGAAUGUAUACAGAUAGGGAGAAUAGAAUUGUCUCACAAAUUUGAUCUUGGGGAAUCUACUUUGAGUGAGUUCUGGUAACAAGAUCUACAGUAUCUGGGAGAGUUGUGCACAUGUACAUGUCAGUGGCGUACAAAUGACCCAUGGGGCCCCGGUGCGAAAAUUGAUCCGUGGCCCCCCCCCGCGCUUACGCAACACUUUCACUGACAAACACACACUCACUAACAGACAUCAAACACACUCAGUAACAGACACACACAGUAACACACUCACUAGCAGACACACACCCCCAAUAACAGACACACUCACUGACACACACACUAACACACACACACACUCACUCACACUCACACACACACACUCACACAAACACACACUCACACACUAACACACACUAACACACACACACACACACUAACACACAUUUUUUUUUAAUUUAAUCCCCCCAGCCUCCUUACCUUUUGGAGAACUGGGGGGAUUCCCUGGGGUCCAGUGGUGCUGCUGGGCGGGCUGGCUGUCUGGGUGGCCGGUGCGCGAGGGAGCACUCUCCCCUGUGUGCUUCCUCUUCAGCUCCCUCGCGCGCCGCAUAGGGAUGCCGGCGCCGGAAGAUGACGUAAGUCUUCAUCAGAUCGUAAGGGCCUAGACGGGACAUACUUGUGUAUAAGGGAGGAUAGAUAGGUGGGAGCAGAAUUAUGUAGAAAUUUGAAAGCAAGAACCAGAAUUUUAAAUUGAGCUCUAUAUUUUAUAGGAAGCCAAUGUAGGGACUGACAGAAGGGUGAGGCAUGGGAGGUGCGGGCGGACAGGAAGAUGAGCCUCGCCGCCGCAUUCAUUAUGGACUGUAACGGCGCAAGUUGGGAGCACGUAAGACCACUGAGAAGCGGAUUACAGUAGUCAAGGUGAGAAAGGAUAGUGGAAUGGACCAAUACCUUAGUCGCAUCUGGCGUUAAGUAGGGGCGGAUGCGCCAAUGUUUUUGAGAUUGAAAUGACAGGAUUUGGCGAUAGAUUGAACAUGAGGCUUGACGGAGAGGUCGGAGUCAAAGAGAAGACCUAGUCAGCGAGCCUGCGUGGUGGAGCUGAUGGUAGCACCGUUGACUUGGAGGGAGACAGACAAAGGAGUAACAACACUUGAGGGAGGAAAGACCAGAAUUUCAGUUUUUGUCAAGUUUAGUUUAAGGAAGUGGGCAGCCAUCCAGUUAGAAACAGCAGAGAGGCAGUCAGAGACACUAGUCAAGAGGGACGGGGAGAGAUCAGGAGAGGACAGGUAGAUUUGCGUGUCAUCUGCAUAGAAAUGAUAUUGGAAGCUAAAAGGAGCUAAUGAGUUUACCAAGGGAGGCAGUAUAGAUGGAGAACAGUAGGGUACCAAGGACUGAACCUUGGGGGACACCAACAGAGAGGAGUUGGGGAGAAGAAGCAGAGCCAGAGAAAUAAACACUGAAAGAGCCUGGGAGAGGUAGGAGGAGCACCAGGAGAGAGCAAUAUCUUGUAGACCGAUAUUGCGGAGGAUGAGAAGAAGCUCUUGAUGAUCAACAGUGCCAAAAGCCUUAGGUCAAGGAGAAUUAGGAUAGAGUAGUGACCACAAGAUUUUGCAGCGAGUAGAUCAUUGGAUACUUUGAUCAGUGCCGUUUCCACAGAGUGCUUAGCGCAGAAAACAAGACUGAAGCGGGUCUAGCAGAGAGUUGGACUCGAGAAAGUCUGUCAAUCUCGCAUACACAAUUUUUUCAAGGAUCUUGGAUGCAAAAGACAGUAGCGAGAUAGGACGAUAGUUGGAUGGGGAGUUAGGGUCAAGAUUGGGCUUCUUUAGAAUUGGGGUUACAGUUGCAUGUUUGAAGGGCAAUGGAAAUAUACCAGAGGAGAGAGAGAGAGAUUGAGAAAAUUAGUGAGAGGUGGAGAAAAAGAAGAAGAAGACAGAGUACAGAUGAGAUGCGAGGGAAUUGGAUCUAGGGAGCAGGUGGUGGGGCGGGAGGACUGGAGCAGAGCAGAAACCUCUUCCAAUGUAGCGGGUGCGAAUGAACAUAGAACAGCAGAGGGAGUGAAGUUAGGGGAAGUAUUGUAAGGGGAAGAAGAAAGAUGAGAGAUCUCUUCUUUGAUUGUAGAGAUCUUGUCAGUGAAGUGAGUUGCAAAGUCUGAGGCGGUCAAGUUAGUAGGCGGAGGAGGAACAGCAGGGCGAAGAAGAGAGUUAAAUGUGUGAAAUGGUCGUUUGGGUUCGUGGGAGAGUGUGGUUAUGAGGGUAUUGAAGUAAUUAACUUUUGCAGAGGAAAGAGCCAAGCUGUAUGAGCUCAGCAUAAAUUCAUAGUGUAGAAAGUCAGAUGCACAGUGAGACUUUCUCCAACAGCGUUCAGCAGUUCUGGAGGUAUCGAGUGAACUUGGUGUGCCAGGGUUGUUGUUGGGGGGGCCUGCAGCGUUUAAAUGUACAAGGUGCCAUGAUGUCUAGUUGAGAGGAGAGGGUGGAAUUGUAGAAGGAGGUUGCAGAACUAGGACAGGUGAGGUUUGAGAUAGGUAAAAGGAGAGUUUGGAGAUUAGUGGAGAAAUGCUCUAGGUCAAGACAUUGGAGGUUUCUGUGAGAGUGAUGUUCAGACGGUGGUGUCAAUUGGGUCUUAGGUAUGCCAAUGUCAAAAGUCAGCAGAUGGUGGUCAGAUAGAGGAAAAGGAAUAUUGGAGAGAUUAGAAGCAGUACAGAGGUUGGUGAAGGCAAGAUCAAGAGUGUUUCCUGCUGUAUGGGUUGCUAAAUUGGACCAUUGCGUAAGGCCAAAGGAGGAGGUUACAGAGAGCAGACGAGAGGCAUCAGUGCAAUUGGGGUUAUUGAUUGGGAUAUUGAAAUCCCCAAGUAUAAGGGAAGGAGUGCUAGAUGAGAGGAAGUGGGGAAGCCAGGAAGAAAAGUGCUCAAUGAAUAGUCUAGGACAGGGGUAGGCAACCUUUUAGCAGCACUGUGCCGAUAUAGGAUUGUGAUGUCCCGUAGCGUGCCGGUCCUAUUUUUUUUAAAUUGAGGUGUGUAUGCUGCAGUAUUUUGCUUGUGUUAUUUAUACUGUAAUUGCUUUGUAUAUUUGUAUUUGUGUGUAUAUGAGCUAUUAUAUUGUAUAUGUUCAGGAGUAGUUUGUGGUAUCGUGUAUGAUACAUAUGAAUGUGGGCUGUGUAUUGGGGCAGCUUGUGGAAUUGUGUGUGGAUGGAUAUGUCACAUCAUGUGUUUGGUAGUGUGUGUAUGUGUGGGGUAUUGCAUGUGAGAGGCUGCAUGUGGGGUUGUGUGCAUGUAUGUGGAUUGUUAGCGGGUUAGGUUUGUGCGGAUUGUGUGUAUGUUUGUGGGCUGUUCGUAUUAUUUGUACGAGGGGAGGGUUAUUGUGCAUUUCUGUGUAUAUCUAGCAGUGUGGGUGGCUUCCCUGGGUUCCAGUGGGGUCCAGGCUGGCCAGGUACAGGUGAAGGGCAGGAGCUGCAAUAUCCGCUGUGGGCUGCUCUACCACAGUGUGGAUUCCCAUUCACAAGUGCUGGGAGGAAGGGACUGAGAUCACUUACACUAUGUGCUGCAAUGCAUAAAUUGAGGAUUGUCCUUUUCGUAUUAACAGAUAUCUGAAGUUUCACUGGGACUCCUGAUAGGCCAGAGCCUGUUUGGCUCUAGCAGCCUUGAGUGCCGUGCAAAGACACCUUGAGUGCCGUGCAUGGCACUAGUGCCAUAGGUUGCCUACCCCUGGUCUAGGAUAACCGGGGGGGCGGUAGAUGAUAGUAAUUCUUAAAAGGAGUGGGUUUAAAUAGGCGGACAGUGUGAACUUCAAAAGAAGAAAAGGAUAGGGCAGGGGGAGUUAUGAUUGGUUGAAAGGUACAUUGAGGGGAGAGAAGGAUGCCUACGCCGCCUCCUUUACAGUUGAGUCUGGGAGUGUGAGAGAAUUGUAGCCCACCAAAACAUAAAGAGGCAGGAGUAGCGCUAUCAGAGGGGGACAGCCAGGUCUCUGUAAGUGCAAGCAGUGUGAAUGAGUUUGAGAUGAAAAAGUCGUGUAUGGUUGUUGAUUUUAAAUUACUGCAGAUGGAGCGGGCAUUCCAGAGUGCACAAUUAAUUAGCUGGUGUUAAGGCUUAAAGGAGUUUGUCUAAGCAUAGCUUAGGAGAUAUUUACUUUCUAUGUAUUGAGUAUCUGGGAGGUACACACCACUGCAUACAAUAGUAUCAAAAUUGCAUUACCUUAUUUCUGAGGGACGUUUCAAUCAAGGCAUUUAAAAGGCAAUGUUUUACAUGUAUAUGGCUAUAAAUAUGACUACAGUAUAUGUGGGUCUUAAAACAUUGCUAUUGAAAUCAGUGUUCUAUUCUUAUUGACAGGAAGCAAACUGUGGAUUCAUAAUCAUCAUCAUGGCAUUAUAUUGGUGUUUUGAAGCUCUCCCCUUGGCUGUUACUGCUCUCCUACCAGUUGUUCUUUUCCCCAUGAUGGGCAUCAUGGAUUCCACUGCGGUAAGUUCACUCAUCCAAAGUCUGUUGUCUUUCUCUUUGAAUUUAUCUUGACAUUUUAGACAUUUUCUUCAUUCUUGCCAUCUAGGCCAAAAAAAAUUGAUCCUGUUUUUUCUUGCCUUACCCAUGCAACCAAAGAUUCCCUGGACUUUUCCCAUGAGAGAUUAAAAACUCUGUAAACGCCUAAAAUAUGCAAACCACGUGCUGGGCCACCCCGUGGCCAUGUCACAUAUUAGUGUAUUCAUAUUGGCUGGAAAGAAACAGAAAAAUAUUCACUGAAUAAUAAAGUAUUUUCUACCUAGGGUCUCUCCUCAUCAGGGCUAGCAUCAGAUAUUGUGUGACCUAUUACCCCUUAUUAUGCACUGUCAAACAAUCACAGAGACACACAUUCACAUACAAGCAUAAAUAACACACAUAAAUCCCAUACAGAUAUACUUUACUAGACACACACUUCUCCCCAAAAAUAUAAUGUACACACUCAGAUACUGAAUGGCAUACAUGCACAAAAGAUACACACUAAAAUAUACACUAAGAUACACACACACACAGAUGCAUAUUGCCACACAUUUUGCCAUUUAGAUACACAAUCACAUAUACAAACACAGAUACAUACUGGAGUAUGGCUGGAAUAGUUUGUUGAUGUCUGUCUACACUGGAUCCAGUUGGAGCUGAUUCCGGUCUCCCUCAUAUAGCUCUGGUAGGAAAUUAUUCAAAUUCCUUCUUCCCAGCUCAGUGUGGCAAUACAAAGGGUAGAGUUAUCCAAGGCACUUGGUUCAUCCAAGCCUAUGCAGCUGCUUAAUGCGUGAGCUGGUUUGGAGAGGUAUUUCUAUCACACAGCAAUAAAGGGAACCAUUUGGGCCUUAGUGCUCAACGAGGCCCCUGAACACAGUAUAUAACAAACAAAACAGGCUGUGCCUAAUCACAGAAAAAUGCUGUAUUUAUGUAUAAAAAGUUGUGAGAGUCCGAACGACACAUUCCAGAAUUUUGAGUAGUCACCAAAUUGACCUUUCUUUCCGUGGGUACCUAUAAAAACAAAAAACAAAGAAAAGAACCAAUGGUGCAAUAUUUCUCAGUAGCAAAGACGUGUAAAUUUCCCACUCACAUGGUAUGGAGCUUCAAACAAUUAUACUACUGCAUGCUAUCGUGUUUUAAGCUUGUUUGAAGCUCCAUACCAUGUUAGUGGGAGAUUUUAGGGAACUAUCACUCAAAAUACUUAUUUUCAUCUUCCUACUCCAUUACUCUAAUUUUGCUCGAGGGCUAGAUUUGCAUCUAACCCUGCAGCCUUUUCUUCCAGUUAGUGGGAGAUUUACACAUAAUUGCUGUGUGUCUUCAGCUACUGAGAAAUAUUGAACUAUCAGUUAUUUUCUUUGCUUUUUUUCAACAUGUAUGCAUGGUUUAAAGAUCAAACUCUGUAAGAAGCAAGGUCAUUUGGUGACUACUCAAAAUUCUGAACUGUGUCCUUUGUACUCUUUCAUAAAACAGUAUUUUUCUGCUAUUAGGAGCAUCCUGUUCUGGUUUGUAUUUUGUUUUUCUUGUGGAGUACUGAGGGAGUUACCCUUGUUCAAUGUUUGCUGCUCUAGGGAAUCUGCUGUUUGGUCUAUUAGUGCAUGAUAAUCUUGUGUAUAUUGCCCUGAACACAGUAUGGCUAGCUUAGUACAUACCAGUUAUUUCAAUGAGUCUUCAGUCCAUGGUCCAUGGUCGAGGGCGUCACCUGGCUCUUGAAGAACAAGGUUAGCCCUGUAGAAUGAAUGAAUAUUGCUGCUUAAAGGACCACUAUAGGCACCCAGACCACUUCAGCUUAAUGAAGUGGUCUGGGUGCCAGGUCCAUCUAGGUUUAACCCUUUUUGCUGUAAACAUAGCAGUUUCAGAGAAACUGCUAUGUUUACCUAUGAGUUAAUCCAGCCUCUAGUGGCUGUCUCAUUGACAGCCGCUAGAGGUGCUUCCGCUCUUCUCACUGUGAUUUUCACAGUGAGAAGACGCCAGCGUCCAUAGGAAAGCAUUGAGAAUGCUUUCCUAUGAGACUGGCUGAAUGCGCGUGCGGCUCUUGCCGCGCAUGCACAUUCAGCCAAUGACAGAAGAAGAGGGAGGAGAGUCCCAGUGCCGAGGGAGCCCGGCGCGGGAAAAGAGGUAAGGGUUUAACCCCUUCCUCCCCCUUCAGCGCCAUGGGAGUGGGACCCGGAGGGUGGGGGCACCCUCAGGGUGCUAUAGUGGUCCUUUAAGGGUCUUCCUGCUUUAUUAAUGUCCCUUUAUAAUAUGUCAGGACAGUCAGGGUAUUUAGAGACUUUUCACAUUCUUUAAAACAAAGGUGUCAGAACAAAUAGCUUGAAAGAGGAAUUUACUGUGGCUUUCCAAUAGACUAAUCUCUUUUCAUUAUUUAAACAGUGCAUUAAACACAGCUUUAUUCCAAUUAUAUAUUGAGUCAUUGAUGUAUAAGUAGAUUAAUUCUCAGACAUAUCUCAUCUUGCUCUCUAUAGGGGAAUAAUUAUUUAUUGCAAACACAGCUGCACAUAAUAAAUUAUCUCUAGCUACUUCUAUACCAGUUAAAAUUGGCCCUCUACAGAGGCAUUUCUCAUUUAUCAUGUGUUUCAUCACAGGUCUGACCUUUAACCAGACAAACAAAAAGAGGAGCUUAUACUGUCGUGCAGGGAAAAGGAAGGAGUAAUAGCCCAUAGGUUAAUUGGACAACAACACCAAAAAAACAAACAAACAAACAAACAAAAAAAACGUUCCCACACACAAAAUCCCUCAAGAAAGAUUUAAAAAACUUAACUUUUACUAUGAUUAGCAAAACCCAAAAAACAGAUUACAAUAAUCACUUUAAAAAAUCUAGUUUCGAGUAAAUUAAUAUUUAAAAACAACCUACAGCUAUUGCUUUGGGAAUGAGUGGAACCAGCAAAAGAAAUACAGUCUAUUUAAAUCAAAGGCGAUAGAAUGAUGUAGAAAAAUAAUGAAUAUAAAAUGUAUUCAGCCACUACAAAGUCAGUGGCAACAAAGCAUAAUACCAAAUAGAUAUUAUGUUAAAGGAGCACUAUAGUGCCAGGAAAACAAACUAGUUUUCCUGGCACUAUAGAGUUAUUAGGUCCCCCCCUCCCUCAAGACCCCUUUCCCGCUGGGCUGAAGGGGUAAGCCACUUACCAUAAUCCAGUGCCGGGCUCCCUUGGCGCUGGUGACCUCUCCUCCCCAUGCCGAUGUUAGCUCUGAAUGCGCAUGCGCGGCCAGAGCCGUGCACGCAUUCAAACCGCCCAUAGGAAAGCAUUACGCAAUGCUUUUCUAUGGACGUCAGCGUGUCCUUAAUGCGAUUUUCAGAAGCGGCCUCUAGUGGCAGUCAGGGAGACAGCAACUAGAGGCUAGAUUAACCCUCAAUGUAAACAGCUGCAGGGUUAAAACUAGGAGGACCUGGCACCCUGACCACUUCAUUGAGCUGAAGUGGUCUGGGUGCCUAUAGUGAUCCUUUAAUGCCAUAAUGCUGGCAAAGCAUCAAGGGAGAUGUAGUAAACAGUGUUAAACCACAGAUAUCUUAAUACACAAAUUAAUGCAAAUAGCUAUAGAGAGGAACCAACACCGAAAAAAUAAGGAAAUGCAGAAAAGUAUACGGAUUACAAAAGUAUAGAUUUCUGAUUGAAAUGAAAGCAAGCAAAUACAUCUGGCUCUUUAUCUAAGCUUAGCUGGUGGACAUUCCACUGACAGUCUGAUUUGAGACUUUUGUAAGCCGAAAAAUACCAGUAUGAUAGAUUGAAAAAGUAAUCAAAGUGCUAACAUCAAAACUUACCAGAUAAAUAAAAGCAAUGAUUUUAAGAAAGUAAAACAUAGAGUGAAUUAAAACUGCAUCGCUUUAUGGUGAUCUUUCCAAUGGUAUUUAACCAACUACCAGGCAGAAACACAUGCACUUAUCAGGAUUGGUAACAGAAUGCAGCUGUCUUAUUAGUAAUAAUAGUGUAUUUAAUCACAUCAUUUAUCACCCUGCAAGCUGCAGAGAUAACUAUUUUGGAUUGAAUGUCCACUUUAUUUGAUAAAGCUCAAUAAAAAUUUUACAAAAUUCACAUGACUGAGAAUGAUACCUACUGCAAGAUUUUAGAAAGUGUCAGUAUCUGCAGGCCAGAGAAAAUCAUAGAAACUAAAUUUCAUCAGGUUUUUGGGUGAUCUGUGAUUAGUCUUAAUUCCUAACUCUGAAUCUCCAUAUGACUGAAUCACCACGGGUAACGGAUGAGUAAUUUUGUUUAUUUUGUGAGUUCCAUCCGUGGUGCCAGAAAAAGGGGGAAGGAAUGGAGAUGAUUUUUUUUGUAAUUGCAGUACAAUCAUUUUUCGAGAAAUAAUUUCAUGGGAAAUUUGUCCAAACUGAAAUGCCAGCUAGAUGAAAUUGGGUUCGACUGAACCAAUUUUUUUAUUUUAUUUUUUGGACAAAUCAAUUCGAAGUUGCCAAAUAUUUCUGCCGGCACAAGUCCAACAGAAACUUCUAACCAAGAUAACCAUAUGCAGUAUGUAUAUCUAAAUGUCACCAGCACUCUUAUAUUAUCAUUUAUUGAUGUGGUGUCUUCAAAUUCAGCAUUGCUAGAUACAAUAACAUGGAUUGCAAGUCUUAAGUUACCAGACAAAAAUCUCAGGCACUCACUAUGACAGAUUUAAGCAGGUUUAUUGGACACCGCAACAUUUCGACCUGUACCCAAGUCUUUAUCAAACUUGAUAAAGACCUGGGUACAGGUGGAAACAUUGAGGUGUUUAAUAAACCUGUUUAAAUUUGUCAUAGUGAGUGCCUGAGAUUUUUUUCAUUUUAUACUUGUUCUUAUGGGUUAUGCUUUCCCAUGCUCAGUUAGCACCCGGUGACGUUUAUGAUUGAGUGCAAUCCUCCUUGCUUUUUUUUUUUUUAUUUACCAGACAGACACAAACACAGUAGGGAAGCUUUGAGACCUUGGAAGCUUACAAAUUUUUCUUCUUUAUAUUUCAGGUGUGCAGUCAAUACCUGAAAGACACCAACAUGCUGUUUGUUGGGGGGCUCCUGGUUGCAAUAGCAGUUGAAAAAUGGAAUUUACACAAGCGUAUAGCUCUGAGGGUGCUUCUGAUCGUUGGAGUCAAACCUGCUUUGUGAGUUUUAGCAGUCAGUUGUUUUCCGAUCUUUUCUCUUUCCAGGUUAAACAAUGUCCACAGCUUUGUGAGGACAGAAUGCAAAUAUUUUUUUAGUUUUAUUUUGAGAUCUUAAUCGCCCCAUUCCAUGUUGCAUAAGGGACCCUUAGUAGUUAUGCAGAGUGCCAUCUAUCCACCUUACAAUCAUUUAAGUUGUAUCACUAAUAUUAUUACAACACAUGUGGCCAACUAAGAGUAGGAUCCAUUGGUCCUUGUGACCUUGCUAAUGUUGCAAAAUGCUUAGAAUGGUGGAAUCUCACCAGUUCUAGAGCUAAGAACAAUGAAGCCAGUUCAGACUUGCUUGAGGAGGUAAAAUAGCUUGUUAUGGGAACAAUUCAUUUGUUGGUGCUUUCAGCUGUAAAAGACUACACAUACGAUGCACCCAAUGGUUUACAAUCCAGAUUAUAUUUUGUUUUUCUGGUCGCCCCCAUGCUUAUUAACUAUUUUGCUUCCUCCACUCUUACCCAUUUAGAAGUUUUCUACUGCUUUAUCAUUCUUGUAAUUUUCCUCUUUAUCUCCACCGUCUCCUAAAUGAUGCCAAAUUCAUACCCACUCUGUAUACAAUUCAUGUACACAUUCAACACACUAAAGCGCAUGUCACGUUUAAACACAUAUAACAUAUAUCUCACAUAGGUCACACACAUCCCACACAUAAUAUGCCAUCUCGUAGAGAACGAUUAUCCACAGGUAUCCACAAAGUGAUAACAGACGUGCAUGCAAUGUUGCUUUAGUGACAAUGAAUAAACCCCAUAUAGUUCCUUCGAUCUCCUGGUCAAAGAUCAAGGUAAGGCUGGGCUACUGCUGGAUGUUUGACUGUUAUGUCUGACAGGGAAUGAACGAUAAAGGUUACUGUGUUUGAAAAGUGCCCAAGGAAUCGAGAAAAAAGUAUCCUCUCUGUCAGCAAUAAGUCAGCAAAUUGAAUUCAUUAAUACAUGUUAGAUCACUUGAUGUAGUAAUCUAGUGAUCACUUGCAGGAGGACUGUAAUUUUCUUAUUUUUUUCUAUUUAGUUACUGCAGGUAACAUUUAGGGAUGAUUUAGAUAUUGAUGUAAUCAGGGGACAUAGCCAAAAGCAUGUUUUUCCUUUUCACUAGAAAGUAACAGAAAAAUUGCAAAGUGUGCACACCAAAUGCAUAAAAGAAAAACAUAAUCAGUAAUUUGUCCGAAGUUCAUAAUUUAGUGGCCACAUAAAAUGUCUAAAAUACUCCAUGGUAAAUGGUAUGAAAAUAAUGUGCCACAAUAAAUGUUAUUUGAGUUAUGGGGCUUCAACAAAAUUAAAAAAAUGUAGCUAAAAAUGGAUAGUUCCCUAAUUUGGCUAUAUUUCAUUCCAAAAACCAUCAAGUCCUAUUGCUAUACUCCAAACAUUAUAAUUUUUAGUUUUGUUUAUUUAAUUUACUGUAGAGUUAAAAUCCAAUCACAUAUUUUUUUUGUGAUAAAUUAAAAUAUAACCAGAUAGUUUCACAGACAUUAGUGAUAAAUUGUUCAAUUAAAAGUAUCAAAAUGUCCCUAGAUAAAUAUCCUAUUUUUUGGAGCAGUUUAGGAUUUGUUAACAUAUUUAUUGUAUAUAUUUUUUUACUUUUUUAUAUUAAUUAUAAUAGUUAAUGUUGUUUAUAUGUAAUGAGCAUAUGUUAUAGAUAUAUAAAAAAAAUAUUUAGUUUAAUUCUGGAUCAUGGUGUCAUUUGUAAUGUUGUGAUAAUCAAUAAAAAGAUUAAAUUAAAAGCACAAACUUACAACUUCUCGUAAGUCACAAUCCUGUUUCCUUUCCUUAUAGCUUGAUUUUGGGAUUUAUGAUAGUAACAGCCUUCUUGUCUAUGUGGAUCAGUAACACUGCCACAACUGCCAUGAUGAUCCCUAUAGCCCAGGCGGUGCUAGAUCAGCUUCAUAACUCAGAGGAGAGGCUAGAAGAGAAUUAUUCGGAGAACCUUGGGGACACCUUAAAGAAGUCCAUGGAUCACCAUCACUUUACUGAAAUUGUGGAAGAUGACAUGAAAAAUCAGCCAUAUGACAUUCGACUGGAGAAUUCCUCAGAAAUGAAAGGGAAGGGCUCUUUAGAUCUAGCAUUAGUCAUUCACGAGAAGGAAAGUGGAUUUUCAACAGGUAAUUUAUUGCUUAAGAAACUCUCUGCAUGGGCUACCACUUUCAUUGUCAAUGUUUGCUGCCCCCACUCUGCUGCCAUGGUUGUUAGGUUUGGUAGGUGGACAUGAAUAGAACAAGAAGAUUUCCUUCUUUCCACCACCUGGAAUUACCAAGUCCUAGAAAACGCUAUGGCACCUUGACCUCUUAGAACCCAUCUUCGUAACUUCUGAAACCAAAAUGUAAGUAGUAGAGAGGAAUAAUCCUAUGAUCAUAUCUUUCAAGGGACGAUGAUAAAUAAUACAUGAGCAAGGGUACAGCAUGUAUCAAGGGAGUCAAAUCCCAUUAGCAGCUCCUACCUCACUACAGAACUCUUAACUAACUAAAGAUGGCCAUGCAAUGUAUAUAAGUCAUUAGCUUUGUAUAUCCGUACAUUAUUUAUACAUAACUGCAGUCAAAUAGAAUCCAAAAGUCAUGUGACUAGUGCUAAAAGAUACAUGAGUGCUUAAAGGAAUGCUCAAAUCACGGUGACUAGUAAAGCCAUAUGUAGUGGUUAUGGUUCCAAGAGUGCCCAGGUGUCUUGUUAGCAUAAUCUGUCAAACGGUUUUAGCAGAUGUCAGUUUUAUUCAAUACAGGAAAUCAUUUAACUCAUUCACUAACUGAGAUCGCUCAGCCAAUAAACAAAUGUUAAUAUAGGCAUCCAUCUUCUCCUGCUUAAGAAGACCAGAAGCAGCGUGGGUGCCACAAGGGACCCAGGUAUACAUCAAACCAUGCAAAUAUGGUGGCAUGGCACAAGGGAACCUCUGGCAUCAUAACCACUACAGCCAUAGUGGUUAUGAUACUGUCAGGGUACCUGUUGGUGAUGUAUCCAGGGAGGACAUCCUCUCUGCUUAGGGGCUCCCUUCCCCUAGCAUUUCGGCAUAUUCCGGCCGUUUUCGCGCCGGCCGCGCUAGCUCCUCCCCCUUUUAUGACGCGACGGCUAGCGUCGACGUCAUGACGUCGGCAUUUGCAUAAAGUGCCGGGAACCGCUAUUCCGGACCUUUUGGGGGCGUGGUCUCUAUUUAGGUUACAGGGUAUUUAAAGGAAACCUUUACUACUGCUCAUUGCCCUGUCGUGGUUCUAGCUUGCUAGUCACUCAGCGCGUUCUUUAUCUUGUGUUUCCGGUUUUGACCCUUGCUUGUCUUUUGUCCUGUUGUCCUCUCCUCUCCUUUGACUCGGCUUGUAUCUCGCUUACCUGUCCUCCGGCUCCCUUGACCUCGGCUUACCUUUUGACUAUUCUUGCUUUGUCCUUACGUUAGUCCGGCCAUUCUAAGGUCCGGUAUACGUACCUCCUUCUGUGCGCACUCUGCGUAUUGGAUCCCUGUCAGUUUCCUGACAUUACGACAGGGCCAUGAUGGAUCCUGCAGGUGCUAGUCCUCCUGACCCCAGAUUUGAGGCCAUGGACCAUAGAAUGGACCAAAUGGCUUUAGCAUUACAAACUUUGUUGACACGCUCCAGUACCCAGUCUGAAGAAAUACGUUCCACUGCUAGCCACUCGCUAAGUACUGGUUUGGAAGUAGCCACUGUAGGCGCAUCUUCCCAUGUCACGUCACCAUUACGAUAUGGGGGUUCGCCUGAUGCUUGUCGUGGUUUUUUAAACCAGAUAAGUAUACAUUUCGAACUACAACCCCGGGCUUACCCCACUGACAGGGCUAAGGUAGGCUUUAUUAUAACCCUGCUAAUAGAUAAAGCACUUAGAUGGGCCAAUCCCCUUUGGGAGAAUGACAAUCCUUUAGUCUACAACUACACUGCGUUUGUCACGGCUUUUAGAAGAACCUUUGACCCCCCAGGGAGGAAGAUUAAUGCGGCCAGAUCCCUGUUACGCCUUAAACAACAAGAUAGGACCCUUGUAGAAUAUGCUCUAGAGUUUAGAUCAUUGGCAGCAGAAGUGAAAUGGAACGAACAAGCUUUUAUGGAUGUUUUCUUGAAUGGGUUGUCUGAUGAAAUUCUAGAUGAAAUUGCCACAAGAGAACUUCCGGAAAAUUUAGAGGAUUUAGUAUCCUUCAUUUCCAGAAUAGAUGAACGCAUGAGACAGAGGCAGAACACUCGGGAAAGAGUUACUAGACUUCCUGUAAGACUCGCUCCCUCAUUUCAGAACCCUGACUCCUAUAAUCCUACUCCACCAGAACCUAUGCAAAUAGGUAAUACUCGCUUAUCUGAGGCUGAGAGACAGUACAGGAGAAAGGAGGGUCUCUGUUUAUACUGCGGGCUGAGAGGUCACCUACGUCUUAGUUGCCCUAAUCGUCCGGGAAACGCUUGCACCUAAGUUCCCUUAGAGGACGGGCCUUGGGUGUUUCAUUACUGUCCUCUAUACAUAAUAAAAAAGACCAUAGGCUUCUGAUUCCUGUCUCUCUAGCUUGGGAAAAGGGGUUUAUUGCUACGAUGGCAUUAUUAGAUUCUGGAGCAGCAGAAAGCUUUAUAGACCAAACUUUUGCUAAUAAGCAUUGUAUCCCAUUCCAAUUGAGAGAUACACCCUUGGCCGUUGAGGCCAUAGAUGGUAGACCUUUAUCUGAACCAGUAAUAUUCCAUGAGACCGAACCCGUUAAGCUUACUGUUGGUAUUUUCCACGAAGAGUUGAUUUCCCUUCUGUUAAUUUCCUCCCCGGCAGUCCCAGUGGUUCUAGGAUAUUCUUGGCUCAAGAGACACAACCCUCAGAUUGACUGGGAGGGUGGAGAAAUCGUUUCUUGGGGUAUGGGUUGUAGGAAAGAAUGUCUGCAGAGAGUUACUUCUGUUUGCCCCGUAAACUCUUAUGCUAACACUUCUCAAUCCACAGACGUUCAGAUACCAUUACAAUAUCUAGACCUCAAAUCUGUAUUUGACAAGGGUAAGGCGGAUACUUUACCUCCCCACCGGUCUUAUGACUGUUCUAUUAAACUUUUCCCUGGUACUAUGCCUCCCAGGGGUACGGUAUACCCUCUAUCCACCAAGGAAAACUUAGUUUUAGAGGAAUAUAUCAAGGAGAAUUUAGACAAGGGAUUUAUUAGAAAGUCUUCUUCUCCGGCGGGGGCGGGUUUCUUUUUUGUAGAAAAGAAAGACGGUACCUUACGUCCUUGUAUAGACUAUCGGGGAUUGAACAAAAUUACUAUCAGAAAUGCUUACCCUAUUCCUUUGAUUACUGAACUCUUUGACAGACUAAAGGGCUCGAGUAUUUUUACUAAACUUGACUUAAGAGGAGCAUAUAACUUAGUGCGAAUUAAACAAGGAGAUGAAUGGAUGACAGCAUUUAAUACCCGUUACGGGCAUUAUGAGUAUACCGUAAUGCCAUUUGGGCUCUGUAACGCCCCGGCCGUCUUCCAAGACUUGAUCAAUGAAGUUCUUAGAGAAUUCCAACAUGAAUGUGUAAUUGUAUAUUUGGAUGAUAUACUAAUCCAUUCUAGAGAUAUUAAUUCACAUCAUAGACAAGUCAGAAAGGUAUUACAGAAACUUUUACAACAUGGAUUGUAUUGUAAAUUGGAAAAAUGUAGCUUUGACCAGUCUCAGGUAACUUUCUUAGGUUACGUAAUUUCCAAAGACGGGUUUAUGAUGGACCCGACCAAACUAAAAUCGAUUUUAGAUUGGCCUUUACCUAAGGGACUCAAAGCCAUACAAAGAUUUCUUGGAUUUUCUAAUUAUUACAGACGUUUUAUUAAAGGGUACUCCUCUGUUAUCGCUCCUAUCACUAAUAUGACCAAACAAGGAGCCGAUACCAAAACCUGGUCUACUGAGGCUUUAUCUGCUUUCGAAACGCUCAAACAGUCUUUUGCCUCAGCACCUGUAUUAGUUCAUCCUGAUACCUCUCUACCCUUUUUACUUGAAGUUGAUGCGUCUGAAACAGGGAUAGGCGCAGUGUUAUCCCAACGACAAAGUUUAGAUAAGCCGCUGCACCCAUGCGGUUUUUUUUCCAAGAAACUAUCACACACUGAAAGGAGAUAUGACAUUGGUGAUAGGGAACUUUUAGCUAUCAUUAUGGCAUUAAAGGAAUGGAGACAUUUGUUAGAGGGCACCGUCCUUCCAGUUACUAUCUUGACUGACCACAAAAAUUUAUCGUAUAUGGGGGAGGCCAAAAGAUUAUCUGCCAGGCAGGCACGUUGGUCUAUGUUCCUUACACACUUUAAUUAUGUGCUUACUUACAGGCCUGGUUCUAAGAACACUAAGGCAGACGCUUUGUCACGUCAGCACGAACCUACCACCUCUACAGAGGAUACUUUGUUCCCUAUUAUUCCUGAAGUCAAUAUUAUCGCCAACACCAAUGUCAAAAUACACUCUCCAUUGCUCGCUGAUAUUCAGAACGAACAAUCUCUUGCUCCCGAACGUACUCCUGUGGGCCGCUUGUUCGUGUCUCCCAAAUUCCAAGUGGACAUUAUUCGCUGUUUCCACGAUAGCAAGAUCGCUGGUCACCCCGGCAUCCACAAAACUUACUGUCUGAUCUCCAAAGACUUCUGGUGGCCCGGUUUACGUAGGGAUGUGGAAGACUUUGUCAAGGCUUGCAAUGUUUGUGUCAGGAAUAAACUUCCGCGGGAUCUCCCUUGUGGUUUAUUGCAGCCCUUAGUCGUUCCCAACAAACCUUGGGCUUGUUUGGCUAUGGAUUUUAUUGUUGAUCUACCAGCUUCCAAUAGGCAUACAGUUAUCCUCACGGUCCUUGACAGGUUUACUAAAAUGGCUCAUUUCGUUCCCUUGCCUAAACUUCCGUCCUCCCCCGAACUGGCCGUGAUAUUUGCUAGAGAAAUUUUCCGUUUACAUGGUAUUCCCAAUGAGAUUGUGUCAGACAGGGGCUCCCAAUUUAUUUCCCGUUUUUGGAGAUCCUUCUGUUCACAGUUGGGCAUCAAACUGAAUUUUUCUUCGGCCUAUCAUCCUCAAUCUAACGGAGCAGCCGAACGCACUAACCAAAAAAUUGAGCAAUAUCUACGUUGUUUUGUUUCUGAACACCAGGAUGACUGGGUCGGUCUGAUUCCUUGGGCGGAGUUUGCUCACAACAACCUUGUUUGUGGUUCCACUCGUAAUAGCCCCUUUUUCUUGAACUAUGGCUUUAACCCUACUGUUCUUCCGUCGGUGUCUCCUUCCCAGGGUAUACCGUCGGUUGAUAUUCAUAUAGCCAACCUGAGAAAGUUGUGGGAUCAGACUCGACAAAUUCUUGAACGUAGUUCCGCGGUGUUUAAGUCACAUGCUGAUAGGCGUAGACGUCCUGCUCCUAUUUUUUCUCCGGGGGAUAGGGUUUGGUUGUGUACCAGACACAUUCGCCUGAAAGUUCCUUCCUUGAAGUUUGCUCCUCGUUACAUUGGUCCUUACAGGGUACUGAGGAGGAUCAACCCGGUUUCUUAUUUGCUGGAUCUACCUCCUACUCUACGCAUCCCUAACUCUUUUCAUGUGUCGUUAUUGAAACCUCUUGUUUGUAACAGAUUUUCCUCCCGCUCUGCUCCUCCAUCCUCGGUCCGUGUGGAUGGUCAGGAGGAAUAUAUCAUCAAGUCCAUCCUUGAUUCUCGUAUUUCUAGGGGGAAGCUGCAAUACCUCAUAGACUGGAAAGGUUAUGGUCCAGAAGAGAGGUCUUGGGUUCCUGGUAUAGACGUGCAUGCUCCUCGUCUUCUUCGGGCCUUCCACGUUCGUUUUCCUUCUAAGCCAGGUCCCAUCCGCCCGGUGGGCGUUUCUAGAAGGGGGGGUACUGUCAGGGUACCUGUUGGUGAUGUAUCCAGGGAGGACAUCCUCUCUGCUUAGGGGCUCCCUUCCCCUAGCAUUUCGGCAUAUUCCGGCCGUUUUCGCGCCGGCCGCGCUAGCUCCUCCCCCUUUUAUGACGCGACGGCUAGCGUCGACGUCAUGACGUCGGCAUUUGCAUAAAGUGCCGGGAACCGCUAUUCCGGACCUUUUGGGGGCGUGGUCUCUAUUUAGGUUACAGGGUAUUUAAAGGAAACCUUUACUACUGCUCAUUGCCCUGUCGUGGUUCUAGCUUGCUAGUCACUCAGCGCGUUCUUUAUCUUGUGUUUCCGGUUUUGACCCUUGCUUGUCUUUUGUCCUGUUGUCCUCUCCUCUCCUUUGACUCGGCUUGUAUCUCGCUUACCUGUCCUCCGGCUCCCUUGACCUCGGCUUACCUUUUGACUAUUCUUGCUUUGUCCUUACGUUAGUCCGGCCAUUCUAAGGUCCGGUAUACGUACCUCCUUCUGUGCGCACUCUGCGUAUUGGAUCCCUGUCAGUUUCCUGACAGAUACCAGGAGAGUUAUUUUAUUAUCUCUCUUUCUUCUGAAAGUUUCCAUAAUCCACAUGCCAAGUUCUUUAUUUGAAAUAAUUUUAAAUGAGUAUCUAGUCAUUAUCAGAUUGUCUGCUGAUUGGACGUGAGAAGCAGGUUAUAUAUUACACGACUUCUAAGGACAAUUGCAUAUAUUCUCUAUCUACUUAUGGAUUGCGGAGAAUGCUUGUUAUGUUUAACUAGCAGACCAGAUGUCUAAAGACUGUGUUCCACCAUCUUGGUUACACGCUAAGAUCAUGCUACAAUCAGCAAUGUAUCUCCUAACGCCUUUAAACAACAUAACCACUGCAGGAAUGUUUUUAAAUAAACUGGAGUUCUUUCCAGCAGUCAGAAUUAAGAGUUAUUUAUAUCCAACCUAUAUGGUGGUGAUGUGAGAGAGCCUAUCUAACCUGCCUGUUACACUAUCAGCCAAUACCUCCACCCAAGUUGGACAAACGUGACAUUGAUAAUGUGGAAGUGUCACUGUGACUUCUCUGGAGUCCAGGAAGAUCCCUGGUUUAAUGAAUCUUUCCUAUAAUUCAAUUAUUAACUAUGUUUUUCAAGUCAUUCUCCUUCAUAAUCUGCAUAACCUGUUGAAAUAAAUAUUAUUAUUUUAUUAAUUAUUUAUCAUUACUUAUAUAUAUUUCUAACUAGAAUCUCAAGAAACAUAUUCAUAGAUAUAUGUAAAUGUAAGUUUUAAUACAGCCAUGAAUUCUGAACAUUAUUUAACAUUCUAUAAACAAACGUGAAGAUCAUGUUAAUAUUGACAUUUUGUGCUCUGUAACGUGUGUUUGCAGAUGCUGGCACCACCAUGGUUGCAUUAGAUAAUGGUAAACCAAGUGACACUAAACAACAGAACAGGCAACAAAAGCACCUGAAUCUCUGCAAGGGCAUGAGUCUUUCUGUGUGUUAUUCUGCCAGUAUCGGAGGCGUUGCUACUCUCACGGGUACCCCACCUAAUCUUGUAUUGAAAGGACAAAUAGACGAGUAGGUAUUAGGAUGGUUCAAAUUUGACACAAGUGUGUAUUCUAAAAUGGGAUGCUUAAUUAUAUUAACUAGUUUGGGUUGGGCAGGAUUCAAAAUUUGCAUGCUAGCCCGGUCUCAAUGUUUUUGCAUAAAAAUAAUAAAUAAACAAAAAUGCUCAGCCUAAGCAUUAAAACUCUUUAGUCUAAUGAAGUGGUUUUGUUUGAUAGAUGCUGCCUCUGCAGCCUCACUGCUAAAUUAUCUGCUGUUUUGGUAUUAAACCCAUUUAUUUCUGCAUUACUAGCUACACCUCUCCUGUGACACACACAUUCUAUGUUCAUUUGUAAUCUAUCUUUCAUUCAAUGAGUUCCCAAAGUGUGUUUCUUUCCUGCUCUUUUAAUUGACUAGCAAAUAGCACUGCCAACAGCCUCUUGUGUUAGACUAUAUAAAGGUAUCAGAGCUUCAUAGGAACAAACAAGAAUCAAAAGAAGCACAUUUCUACUCUAGCUUAAUGUGAACAUUGUAUUUUGUAUAUAUACACUGAUCAGCCACAACAUUUAAACCACUGACAGGUGAAGUGAAUAUAAUUGAUUAUAUUGUUAUGAUAGCACCUAUCAAGGAGUGGGAUUUUUUAGGCAACAAGUGAACAGCCAGUUCUGGACUUUCAUGUGUUGGAAGCAUGAACAGUAGCCAAGCAAAAAGAUCUAAAUGACCUUGACAAGGGUCAAAUGGUGAUGGCUAAAUGACUGGGUCAGACCAUCUCUAAAAUGGCAAAUCAUGUGGGGUGUUCCUGGUAGCCUUGGACAUUAAGGUCAUGGGUGCCCCAGGCUCAUUGAUGCAUGUCAGGAGCGAAGGCAAUCCUGUAUAGUUCGAGCACACAGAAGAGCUUCUGUAGCUCAAAUGGCUGACAACUUAAUGCUGGCCAUGAUAGAAAUGUGUUAGAACGCACAUGUAUUGUAGAUUGCCAUGAUGAUCCCUGUCCACCUCCAAAAGCACCUUUAAUGGGGAUAUGAGCAUCAGAACUAGGCCAUUGAGAAACAGCCUGAUGAAUAAUGUUUUUUUUACACCAGGUAGAUGGUGGGGUGUGUGCGUAGUUUUCAUUGACAAGAGAUGGCAUCUGGAUGCACUAUGGGAAGAAGGCAGGCCGGAAAAGGCAGUGUCUUGCUCUCGGCAGUGUUAUGCUUCGAAACUUUGAGUCCUGGCAUUCAUGGGGAUGUUACUUUGAAUAAUACCACCUACCUAGAGAAGUUGCAGACCAAGUAUGUUCCCUGGUAGCAGGGGCGUUUUUCAGCAUGUACCCUGUCACACUGCAAAACUUGUUCAGGAAUCAUUUGAGAAAAAUGACAAAGAGUUCCAUGGAGGCUCCACCUCGCAGCUUGCAGGAAUUAAAGUAUCUGCUGCUAAUGUCUUGGUGCCAGAUACCACAGGACACUCUCAGAGAUCUUGUGGAGUCCAUAUCUCAAUGCAGCAGAGCUAUUUUGGCAGCACAAGGGGUAUGAUAUUAGGCAGGUAGUUUUAAUAGUGUGGCUGAUCAGUGUAUAUCCUGCAAAAUAUCCAAUAUUUACUUAUGAACUGUUAUACAUGUUAUAUAGGUUUGUUUUACUAAUACCUACAUUCAUGUAUGCAUGUAUUUUCCAUAGCUUCCUAUGUGUUUCCUAUGUGCAAAAUACUUUUCUGUGAGAAGCAUUUGAAUGGACAUUGUCCACCAUGAACAAGGAAGUUUAUCCUGGGCAAAAAUGAGGUGGAUCAGCUUAGCUGCAGAAUUUGCAGAAGAGGAAGAAUUCUAGGGAAUUAUAUAAGUGUUUGAAAAUCUAAUAUAUUCAUAUUUUUCUUAUUUUAACUUCCCUGUUAAAUAAAUGCAUUUUUCCCUAGUCAUUCUCUUCAAAUCCAAAAACAAAACAAAAACACUUGCAGUCAUAUUUAAAAAAAAUAAUUUGUAAUUAGUCGAUUUCUUUUUGUAAUAUAAUAUGUUAUUGUGAAUUGUAUUGAAUAAAUGAGAUCACUAUUAGUGUAAUUAGUAAUAUACAAAAAAUAUAUCUUUGCUUUAGUUAUGAAACGUGUUUUCUAGGGUGUUCCCGGGGAACAAUAACGCAAUCAAUUUUGCUUCUUGGUUUGGAUUCGCCUUUCCAGCAACAGUUGUGUUACUUGCCUUAACGUGGAUCUGGCUUCAGAUUAUGUUCCUUGGAAUUAAGUAAGUAGUUGAUCAAAGAGGUCCGGGCCAGAGUGUCAUAGGGGCUAAUGGAGCUGAAGCUUUUUUUUUUUCUUACUACUCUUCACGUGCCCUUGUUUUGUGCAGAGGGAAGUAAUUAUGGGAAUUUAGGUGGCAUGCAGAGGAACAAAACUUGUGUGAAUGGGCUGUGUAGCGGAGAGCUGAUAUUUCACAGGUUAUCUCCACUUAAGAUCCCAGUGAGACUCAGGAACAAGUAUUAUAAAUCCAUAAGGCAAGGCUUUCAGCAGGCAAAACAAUCCAACAAUAUGCCAACAUCAAUCCCAAUGACUGGAUGACACACAGCAUCAGGAGCAGAACUGACUAUUAAUUCACACAGCCUCCUUAUAAAGCAUUCUCCCAUGCAAGGGAGGGAUUCAUCAUAAUUAAGACAGUAGCCAAUAAUGUCACAGUUACCUCCCACACAUCUCCUCCCCUCAGUGUGACACAUAAUCCCAUUAAUCAUGCUGUAGUUUUCCCCGAGUUCUGGAUGUACCCCAAAACAGUUAGGUACAAUGGGCUAAGUUGCACCCCCUGGUAGCCCUGAUCUGGGUGACUAACAUAUCCCAAAUUCACCCAGAUCAGACCAAGGGUUCGGGAGUUAGGUAGAAGGGACAAUUUGACCGACCACACACGAGGUGGUAGCCGAAAAGGAUUCCAUGGGUUUUGGCCCUGCGGUCGGUCUCAGUUCGGGAGGUAAAAUACACAUAAAUACAUGCCAUCCACUAUUAAUCUUGUAUUCGCAUAAAUCCCCUUGUUCGGUACUUUUAACUCACCGAACGGGGGGCCGAUUAGCCUCUCUGUUUGGGAGUUACGGAGCUCUGGAGGUCUCAGCGGUGUUCGGGUAAUUGAGUGUCCGAUUUGAGUUCCAGACACUCGACGCCCAAACACCGAUGAGGGUUUCGUGCGUAAGAUGGCCGCCGCCACGUGUUCGUAUGCCGAACGGCGGCCACCCAAAUACAUGCGGUUAGAGAAGUGUGAAGCCUAAUAAGGUGCACACUUCUCUCUGGGGUGGUCUACUGGUUCGGUAGUUUCAUUCGUAUGGGAUACGGAUGAAACUACCGAACAAUCAUACGAAUACUACAUACACUUUUAACUAUACACGAAAAUAAACACACAAAUUACAGUUUUAACACAGUCUUUUAGGACAGCCUUAAUACCAUCAGCUACAGGCUGUCUUUAAAAUAGUCCAGCAUUAAAAGCAAUAUAAUAAAAAACUAACAUUUCCAAUAGCAGGGAGUUAUUAAUUACUGACCAAGACAAGACUGUCAGUUCAAUGGAAGUAUAAUGUACAUAGUAAAGUAUCAAUACUUUACUAGUUGUUUUCUAGGCAUCCUCUAGUAAUGUGUGAUUAAUAUUUAUAAUUAUCAGUCAAGUUAUAUUGGGAUAGUUUCUGUGAAUCAUAAAUAAUUCAGGUGUUCAGUACAUGAUUGUGAUUUAGAUCAAAUAUGUUAACAAUAUGCAGCUGCAUUGAUAAAUUACCAACUUUUGGUGAUGAACACGGGUGUAGGAAAUCAACGAAUAAUGCUGGGGGCAGAGUAUGGGUAAAAAAUAAACAAGUUAAAUAAAGACAACUGCAAUUACUGACCCAAAAAUAUGUUUUGCAAAUAUCGGACUCUGUUUGAAUAGACAAAGGCAGAGGCAGAGUGAAAUUUAACUCAUUUAGUCUUUUACAAAAAACAAAACACAAAGUAGUGGUAGUACUAAUUUAGGCAAAUCCCUAAUGUGCCUAAGGGUAGUGAUUCUCAAUCCAGACUUUUAGGUACCCUACCAGUCCAGGAUAAGACAUUUGCUCAAGUUUGUUCCAAAGGGGACACUGACCAAGCCUAGAUCAUGGAUGUACCUUGAAAGCUGGCACACUGGAAAUAUAACAGUUCACAUUAUGUCUCCACACAUUUAUGUUGCCGUCGAAUUAAAAAAAAAAUAAUCAAAUUACGUUAUUCAAUGUUAUGCAAGACAGUUUAAUUAAUAUUAUUAGUAUCUGUGAUAUAAUAAUUUCAUUCUGACAAUAAUAAAUGCUUUAUGUAUUUUUCCAAGCUUUAAACAAAAUUUCGGUUGUGGUGGGACACCAGAACAAAAGGAAAAAGAAAGAAGAGCUUAUGGGGUGAUUUCCUCAGAAUACCGAAAUUUGGGCUAUAUGAGCUUUGCGGAGGUCUGCGUUCUGGUUCUCUUUGUUUUGUUAGUGAUUCUGUGGUUCACAAUGGACCCAGGUUUUAUGCCUGGCUGGGCAACAAUCAGUUUUAACAAGGGCGGUAAAGAGUGAGUAUUGAAACAAAAUAAAAGAGACCUACUGCAUUUUUACAUGUAUAAGACUAUGUUAUUUUCAAAAAAGUUUUUAGUCUAAAAUGGGGGUUGUCUUAUACACAAAAUGUCACUGUAGGGGUUAAAAAAAACACUUAUGCGCAAGGCUUAAGUUAAUAUGGUGAUUGGCGCAUUUCAAUGUGCAUGGCCCACACACAUACCUGGCCUUUCUUCCACCGAUCCACUUCUGAAUGCUGUGGCAAGGAGGAAGAGGUCCCUAUAUGCGUGGGAGCUGCAGCAGACAUCAGCACUUACCACCAACGGAGCUCCAGAGACAUGCCACACCAUAAAAGGAGCAGCCAUAUUAAGGUUUGCUCCACCUCAGGUAGGUCUUGCUUUCUGAUUUAUAUUCAUGGGGGAGGAAAUGGGGAUCAGGGAGCAGAGGGAAUAAUACUCAGAUGUCCCAGCAUGCCCUCACAUCAGCUGCUGUAUUGUGGGAUCUGUAGUCUCCCAGCGUGCACUAUAGAACCAUUAACUUUACAGAGUACCGUAGCAAGGGGGGGCUAAAAAAAUAGGGGUUAUCUUAUACAUAGGGCCAUCUUAUACAUGGAAAAAUAUGGUAUAUUUGCAUUGUAUGUAAACCUGUCUUGCACUGUACUUGCCAUAGGGCAAUGGCAUCCUCUCUUUCAAGGUAUCUGUUGAUCGUUCUGCGAGUAGAGAAUGAUAAGAUUGCAAGCAUUUGGGUAAACAUAUGAUAAACACAGGGCCUUCUUAAUAGCAUUAUAGGCCCUCGUUCAAAGCAGUGCACAGGGGCUCUGCCUCACACAACCACUUAGAGGAAUAAAAAUGCAAAUUAUCGAUAAAAUGUCUUUGCAGAGAAUUGCUUUAUAAUUGGCUUGAAGUCAAUGGUCUUCAGGAUGUUAGAACUUUAUUAUAGUUUUAUGGCUUCAAAAUAUCAUGUGUGUUGAUUAUGUUUUGCUUAGGUACAAUUAGUAUGUGUACAUUGAUUUCUUCAAGGUCAAGACAUGCAUUCGCACCAUUAAGAUCGCAUGUAUAGAUAACAGGUGAUACUAAAGUGAUUAGUCCACCUUAACAUUUGAGAGUUUGAAGGUUCUGAAUAAACUGGAAUAAUGUACUGAAAAUAUGGCAAGCCUGUGGGGCACUAGGGGCACUGGGGGCCCAGGGCAACUGCCCAAUGUGCCCAUGCGUUACUACGGCUCUGUGUAAACAGAUCAUGGUUGACAGACACUGCUUAUAAUAUCUGCUUAAAUGGGUGACACAGACAAACUCAUACAGGCAUAAGACAAUAUCUAUUUACCAGGGUUCAACCAAGCUAACAUAAUAUUAGUAGGAUUACAAAAAUGAACAUAUUUAGGUGAUGGCCUAAUAACAGUAAUGAUGAAUUAGAUAAAACAUUAGGGUAAAUGGGCCAGUGAUACAUCUCUACUUAAUCAAGCAUGCUUUGCCCUUCUCUAUAGCUGCGAUAUAGUAAAUACUCAACUUCUAUCCUGUUAUUGACAUUGCAUUAUAGCAAUCACCAUUAGCUUAUAUUUUUUUCUAGACAUUAUAUUAAUGUAUUCAUUCUGACUUCUCUUCCUAUUAUCCAGUUUUGUUACAGAUACAACAGUUGCUAUGUUCAUUUCUCUUACGAUGUUUUUUUUCCCAUCGGAGAUGCCCUCAUUGAAGCGUCAGGACACAGGACAUUUAGGUAAAUAUAUAGUUUAUGUCGUGUUAGACUAUAUGAAUUAUUUGUGUUAAGACAUGAAGAUUGUGUCUAGAUCAGUGGUUCUCAAACCAGUCCUCAAGACCCACCAGCAGUCCAGGUUUUGUUAGUAUCUCCAUUGGAAUAAAACAGAGAAAUACAUAAAUCCUGCACUGUUGAUGGGCCAUGAGGACUGGUUUGAGAACCACUGGUCUAGAUAAAGUUGCGAAAGUGUUCUGAACUAACCAAAGUUUAUUUUGCAAUAUUCUGCCAGGAUAGAAAAAAUUGGGAUUGUAUAUACCAGUGUUUGCCCCAACAGUAAAAAUCUCUAAUGGUGUUAUUCACUAAAGUGAAAAUUUAAAGUGAAUUUAAAAUUUAAGGUCAAAGUAGCCAAACUGGAAAAUUGAUCUCAGUCAUCAAUGCUUUCAGCUUGUCUACCCUGGCCUUAAAUUUGAAACACACUUUGAAAUUCCACUUUAGCAAAUAACCCUGUAAUUACCCUCUCCAUUUUGCUACUAGACUUGAUAAUUUGUUUUCGCACAUAUUUAUAUGAAAAACAUAAAUUAACUAAUUGCAAAACCGAUUUUAACCCAUUGGGACCUAAUGGUGGGGGAAGGGAAACUAAUAAUACAUUACACUACUGGGCAGUUGAAAAAACCCCAACAAUAAACAAUCUGGCAAAGAUGCCUCUGCCACGAGCUCCUGGAGGAGCCUGCUGGCUACCCUCCUGCCCAAGGGCCAUGGACCAUGUAACCGACCCUUAAAAUACUUGGUUCGUGUGGUUUCCCUUUUUAGUUCGGGAAAUGAACAGACGCAUGAAUUGCGGACCACCUCUGGGCUUGUUAACUCCUAUUAACAUCUCCUGACACUUCCAUCAUCACUUGCACACUAUGUAUCCUAAGUGAUUGGCGUGGUGGCUGCUGUUCGUAUGCACGAACACGUGGGAAACUGAGUUGGUGGCCAUUUUGUUGCACAAAUGCAGGCAGCAGUGCUUGGUCGUCGAGUGCAUGGAACUAAAAUCGAACCCUCUAAGUCGCAAACACCGCUGAACUUUGACAAACACCUUCUUCAUUUCUACUCAUGUCAGGAGAGUGCCAUUCGGUAGGAUUGUUCGCAUGGGGUGUUGUAAAAUUGUUGUAUUUUUCUGUACCUAGAGAUAAUUGAGUUUGUAUAGUUUCUGACUCAAUUAUCUGUCAGGCACAAGGGAGGAGUUUACUGUAUGUAUAAAUUGAGAGUGCUUGCCGGCAUUAAACAGAUCUACUCCCAGCAUUCAUUCUCGACUAAUGUGUGUGUGUGGGGGAAUACUAUAAUCACUAUACAGCUACACUCGCUGUAGGAAAGCUUUGAUCACUGGAAGCUGGAUCCAGGACCCUGGUCCAGGGUGGGAAACAAUGGCAAGAACCCAGCCAAGCCGCGGUAGCCAGGGGCUCAAGUGCUGAUGGUGUCCCGGCGAUAGCUAGGAAGAGUGCUUGGCAGAGGUACCCACUUGGGGUACCAGGCAGUCCGCCACAUCUGAUGGCAGCAGUGGGAUGGCUUCCUAGCGAGUGGGGAAGCAUCCCAGGGAAACCGAAAUACCAUAUAGAAUACUGGCAAGAGGGGUAGCGCUAGAGUAAGCUAGUCCCCGGGCAGCAUCCCCAUAUGAGGAAGAGUUCAACUGGAGACUACAGAGCACCUUGACCCUAGAGGAUGAUCCUAUCUCAGAAGAUUGCAUACUGGACUGGAAGGAUGUCAUUCGGUAGAAGCUCUAGUACAAGGCCCUGGAGGACAUUCAGCUGCGGCAGAGAGAGAGCCUCCCAAGCCAAGAGCAGCGGUUACAGGGACAAGUGGCUAUGGGGAUGCCUUUCCUGGGAGAGCAGCCCCUGGAGGAGUGGGUGAUGGAACUUGAGGACCUGGCCUGGAAGGAGCUGUGGCUGGACGAGGCUUCUGUCACAGUUUCUGAUUCAAUUAUCUCUCAGGCACAGGGGAUGAGUUUACUGUAUGUAUAAACUGAGAGUGCUUGCCGGCAUUAAACAGAUCUACUCCCAGCAUUCAGUCUUGACUAAUGUGUGUGGGGGGGAAAUUCUAUAAUCACUAUACAGCUAUACUCGCUGUAGGAGAGCUUUGACCACUGGAAGCUGGAUCUAGGACCCUUGUCCAGGGUGGGAAGCAACGGAUUCCAUGCAGGAGUGAUGUCAUGUUACGGUUCCCAGCAUCACCCCAGAGAGUGCAUGAGGAAGCAGUGAGGAACUGGAAAUACAUUAGCCAGCCGGCCACCCCCUCUGCCCCCUAUAACCGGCCAUUGGACUGCUCCUCAUGGUGUCCACCACCUUCUGUGCACCCUGUGCACUUUCCCAGGAUCGGCCCUGUUGUGUCAUUCUACACUGAACAGAGGGAUAGUGACAGGUCACUGCUGGCAGUAAACCCACUUCAAUGAGAUGCAAUGGUUAUAGUGCCAAGAGAGUCCCUCUAACUCUGUGCUACAAUAGUUAAAGAGCAGCAUGGCCACUAGCUGUUUAACUUUCUUUGUAGAGAUUAAAAAUAUGACUCUAGCCUACACACACAAGAAAAUUACUCUUACAAAUUGCUAAAACAGUCUAUCUGAUCCCUUUCAUGAAAAGUGUGAGGACGUCCAGUGUCAGUUAGCAGACUAAAAGUCUGAUAUCGACCUGGAAGUGCCUCUAGUGGCUAUCUGGUAGACAGCCACUAGAGGUGGAGUUAACCCUCCAAGGUAAUUAUUGCAGUUAUGAAACACUGCACCCAGGCCACUUCAAUGAGCUGAAGUGGUCUGGGUGCCUAUAGUGUGCCUUUAAGGAAUAGGUCCAUAAGUUUGCCAUGUUUGAAAAUUUCAAGUUUCUUUUAGGCCAAAUUUAUACACAGUCAUAUACAGUACAGCCAUAAAUGUAUACACAGAAUAUACAGAUUUUCCUAAUAUAUAUAUUUUUGUUUAGUGUGCAGUCAUAAGUAGAUCCCAGUCUAUCCUCAGCAAUUUAUUUGAAAACCAAAUGUCAGAGACAGCUCAUAAACAAUUAUAGCACUUAACAAUAUGCAUAUAUCAUAUACUUUUAAAUCAUUUACUAGGUAUCUGUAAAAGAAAACAAAUAUAUUUUCUGUUACAAUGCCUGCGCCAAGAGCAUGGUGUUCACAUGUAAAGGUUAAACUUCAUGGCUCAGCAAUCUGUUAAUCUAUGGUAUUUAUUGCGCAACAGAUAUAAUCUUUAACACAUAAAAAGAUAUGAAAUCAGAGCCAAUAUUUUUUUUGUUACUCUGGAGCAUUUUAUUUCCUGCUCUAGCUUACAUUCAGCAGUACAUGCAGUGCAUUAUAAUUAUUGCUUGUAAUCGUAGGAAUAUAAAAACUAAAUAAUGCUUUCUGGAGUAAUUACCACAGCACAGCUGGGACUAAACAACUGGGAAUCUUCAUGAAGGAAUUCAAGUAUCGGAUCCUGAAAGUGUGAUUUAACGCAUAUUCUAUUUGAAGUUUACAUGUUUAUACCACUAAGACCAGUGGUGCCCAAAUGGUAGAUCCACAGAUAUUUUCAAACUACAGCUUCCAUGAUGCUUUGUCAUGCUAAAGUAUUCUAAAGGCAUGCAGAGCAUAAUGGAAGUUGCAGUUCUACAACAUCUGAGGAUCUACCUUUUGGGCACCCCUGACUUAGAGGGUCAAUCCAAGCACCAUAAGCACUUAGGACCAUUACAAAAGGAAUAAUGCUUGGAGCUCCUUGAGUCCUCUAUAUAUGAGAGACAGAUUGAUAUACCAGCAACUGGAAGAUUUCCUAUAUUAUAAAGGCAUGUGCCAUAUAAUAACAUAUCUUCCAGCUGAAAGGACAGUUUAUACCCACCAAUCAUGCCCCAGCAUUGCCAGCAUUCAUUCUGUGCAAAGUUUUUGGGUUCUGAACCAGGGUGUAAAAAAGUGAGAUUUAUUGACAUUUUCCACCACUUGAUUCUGUGCAAUGUCAUCUGUUUGAAGGGGGAAGCAGAUCUUUGCUGUUAUAAUAUUCCUGCCUUGCAGGAAUUUAUAUUUCUUACAGUGUCCUCUCUGAUUCAUAAGUAAUGGCUUCAGUAGAUUUUCAUAAUUGGCAGCAGAGCCAUUUGUUCAUUUGUUCCUGAUACUCUGUGGUCGACAAAUAUCUGGAUGAAGCCAUAAUUCCAACAUCUUGAACUAACGUGAGGACUGUGGAGAGUUUAAUAAUGCUUUCUUUGCCAUGGUUCCAAUCCCAGGUGUACAUGGUGAUAAUGCACUGCUUCUAGAAUGAAGACACAUUUCCAUACUGAACUGAAAAUAGCUAAUGUAUCCUGUUCAAAGUAGACGCUACUGCACUGUUUGUAUCAUUGAGGGAAUCAUCUCCUACAUAAUGUAGAGCCAAAGCCUUUUGCAGAUUCAUCACUUUAUGAAACUAUGUUCAUGUCCCGAGCUAUAAUACUUUAUAAUACCGAUCCUUAAAGUGAGUAAAACAUGUUCCAUAAUCUUUGGAUGAUUCAAUUACAAUGUUGCAAUUUGUGAGUUCAAGUCCAUUAAAGCAUAAACCCAUAAAAUGAUCACCACUAAAGCAUCUGUCCAGAAAGAAUGUAUUCAAAUAUUAACAAUCUUGCAAACACAUGGUGUCAAAACUCUAUUCUGUUUUCCUGAUGAUUCAUGUAGGGAGGGAUUUUGUUAAAGUUCAUGUUAUGCAUUCAAAUUCCAUUUGUAUUCAUUUAUAGGGGAGAAGGCCAGUAUAAAAGUCCCCCCUCCUCUACUAGACUGGGCCACCAUUAACCAGAAAAUGCCUUGGAGCAUUAUCAUCCUGCUGGGAGGAGGGUUUGCUUUGGCCAAAGGGAGUGAGGUAAGUCAAUGAGCUACAUGUAUCUGAGUCCUUUAAGAAAUAAGGCUUAUUGUGAGACAUGAAAUAUUGGCAAAAAACAAUAGCCACAAAAUGUUCUGGUAACAACUAUCCCAGAUGGUGCAGCUAUAUGUUCUUACAUACAACAGUCACAGGGAGAUUAAAUAAUAUGGGAUGGAGAAGGGGGGAGUGGGGGCAGGGGGAGGAGGGGGCAUGGCCUGGCUGCUGACAAAGAUGGCCUUAUAAAACUUUCUCUCCAAGGGCCUUGUAAUUGCAAGCACUUCCCUUGACCAGAUGCCACACUAUGGGGAAAUCUUCCCACUCAUUAGGGUCAGGAAAGACCCCAACAUCAAAACAGGGGCAUCUCACCUCGUCCCAGCACCAGAGGACCGUGCAACACCACCUCUAGGUCUGGAUGGCUAACUGCCAUAGGAGGCUUUACAGGUCUCAUUCCCUAGGUCAAAGAAUGGUUCUGAACCCACGUGACUGGAUAUCCCUGAUACAUGCUGUCCCUACCAAGUUGGAUCUGCGCUACGCCACGGUGGAACUACAAUACACAAUUAAGGCUGACAUACAAGCCACCUGCACAGAGCUGCUAUACUUCUUGACUGAAUGCUUGGCCAGUGUGGAGUGUGACACCAUCAGAUUGGCCCAGACACAUGCCACAGAAAGCCUGAUGACACAUACAUACCAUAUGUGCUGCAUGACACUACUUGUGGAGGACCUGGACAACCACAAAUGCCAAAAUAACAUCAGGCUCCACAGCCUACCAGAAGCUGAAGACUUCCCGAUCCAAUUCCACACCCAUCUCCACCUCAUCUUCGACAACCUGCAAUCCCUUAGAGAUUGAAAAUGUCUAACUUAUGGUCCCCCUUAGGACAUAAUUUAUUAUCAGGUCCACUAUGGGCUAACAGAAGAUAUUCUCUGCAAAGCCAGCGUUCAUAUAGUUUUGGGAAUCAGUAAUCCAGCUAUUCCCAGAUGUAUCCCCUGCAAUCUUGGACUAGUUAAGGGCCAUGUAGCUCCUAACACAGGUAUUGCUUCGCCAACGAAUAAGGUGCUGGUGGUAGAUGCCGAUAGGUCUUUACUCCUCAGGUCCUACAUUGAUCUGUUCCCAUGCAAACGUUGUAGCACUAAGCCAUAGUCUAUAGCUCCUGGUAAUUAAUAUGAGAUGGCCAAACCCCCCGGACUUCUAUGUCCUGGGACCAGAACCCGAAGCAGAGCUACUGGAGGAGCAUGAUGACUGCUUUCCAUCACCUAUGGUCCUUAUUAUACAAAGAGACUUGCUCCCCACUGACAAAAUCAUUAUAUUGCAUGGAGAUAACUCUGACACAAAUUUGAGCCUCAUCCCUCCACCAUAGGACUACCUACACCUACCAAACUUUCCUCUGACGCAGCCUGCAACACACCACCAGCAAGUUCCACAAGCACACCAGACCAGCGGGCCCGCUGGUGCUGAAACCAGGUUAUGACUGUGAACUUUUGUCACGCUAUAUCUUGCUAUGUGAUACUAACUACCUGAGAGAUGAAUCCACAGCCUGCAAUGAGGCACAGGUUGCCAUUAACACUGUUUACACAGACACGCAUCUCAUGCAACAUUAAUCAAUCCCAUCAUAUAUGAAAGAACAAGAUGUGUAAAAGCAGAGUAAUCCCAACUGAGAGGGAUCGUCUCCCCUUCCACUCUAUUUUCCUCAUCCCACCCCUUUUCUCCCACACAUCUUUCUACUCUCCUAUUGGCCAUUUUAUCCCCUUCUCCCCUCAUUAUCUCACCCCCUCUUGCCCCCUCCCACUUUACCCUCUCUCUCACACCCCUCUUUCCCCUUUUACAAUCUGCCAAACCUCACAAUGCAUGAUCUGCCUGAUGCCACGUCUGUGGCCCUUAAUAUGGUUCCAGGCUGCUUAAGUCACAUGUGCCAGGGUUGCAGCUAGCCCCCAGCAUACAAGUGCCAAUAUUUCUGCAGGUGCAGUGUUUCAAGCAGAAAUGCUGCACAUACAGACUCCUAGCAACAUGAACAAUUAAAAUCAAUGAAGUGGUCAUGAUGGUUGGAGUAACCAUUUAACAACCAAGUCACAGCAUUCAAAGCAGGAUGCACUCAUGGUUCCAUCUCUUUCAGGUAUCAGGAUUGUCAUUAUGGAUUGGGGAGAAACUGACACCAUUGCAAAACCUGCCUCCAGCAGCUACAGCCUUCAUAUUGUGUCUGCUGGUUGCUACAUUCACUGAAUUUACCAGCAAUGUAGCCACUACUACUUUGUUUUUGCCCAUCCUGGCUUCAAUGGUAAGACCUCUGAUAAUAGGAUAUAGCGUUGCAUGCAAGAAAAUACAUUGGCUUUGCAUAUAUCAUUUAUUUUAUAGCUUGGGGCCAACUUUGGGAAACACAGAACAGAAUUGUGUUAUGUACACUUUCCUUGCUAUGCUCCCAGAGAUUUAAGUCCUCAACUCAGAUUUAAAACUUCCAGUUUAACAAAUGUAUCAAUAAAAUGCGUUUUCAUUGCCCUACUCGGCUGCUAAGAAUAUCUUAUCUCACUGAUUUGUUUCUGUGUUAGUCAUAUUUGUCCAAUUGUUUAGCUGACUUAUAGCCUGUGUUUCAAGGAUUUAGGCAUUUCUUGUAGUGUUUGGAUAAGCUUAUCAUGUAUGGUAACCAGAGUCUCUGAUAACUGAGAAAAUAAAUGUUUGGGUAGAGGCUGCAGAAAUUACAGUUGUGAUCAGUUCCUAAGCAACCAUGAAACCCCUGAACUGCUCAGCUCCCCAUUAGUCCCUAGUGGUGAAAAUAUCUCUCUAAAAAUUACAAAGGUAGCCAUCAGGAGUCAUAAUUAAAACCGUGAUCUACAGAAUAUCUUACAAGUUUUCUUACACAUGCAAAAUGAGACGCCAUAUAGAGCAAGGGUGCCCCAAAGGUAGAUCCCCAGAUGUUGUAGAACUACAACUCCCAUGUUGCUUUGCAUGCCUUUAGAAUGACAAAGCAUCAUGAAAGCUGUAGUUUUAAAACACCUGGGGAUCUAUAUCUUGGGCACCCCUGAUAUAGAGCUUUUCGACAUCGAGAAGUUGCCUUUUCCUGUCCGUGAUUUUGAAUGUCAGUGGAAAGGAAAAGGGUAAAAUUAAGCAGAUGGAAACAGUUUGAAUUUCUUUUUUUUUUUACUACAUUUUACCCCAAAUCGGUUCCUUUAUUAGGGAAAGUAGUUGUCUUAUAAUAUAGUUUGAUUGCAUUGAAAUUCAGAAAUUCUAACAGGGUUCAUUUUUCAUGAAGAUUCUAUGUUUAUUAAAAUAAAGUCAAAAGCGAUAUCAAAGUUUUAUAUUCCAGGAAUUUCUCAUGCAUUGUCAACAGAUAAAGGAUGAUAUAAUCACUCUAGUUUAGCUUUUCACUAAAGUGAGAAUUGCCAAGAACUGAAAGUGAAUGCAAACUGAAUUUUGAACUACAGACAUUCUCCAAAUCUAGUUAAAUCUAGUGGUUCCAUAGCCUUGUUACAGCAAACUGUUUUAAUCUGGGUACCACCAGGCUCAUCAUCUUUUUUUGUAGGCAGAUUUCCAACAUCCAGCCGCUACAGAGCUGCAGAAGUCGACUGCCAAUCCUGGCACACAUAGAUUGGCUGAGAGUGUCAGCUGACCACUAUCAGUCAAUCAAUGAGCGUCUGUGCAUCAACAUCUGCCAAGAAUUAACAUUAGCCAGCCUAGGGGUCUUGUUCAAGGCUGGCUCAUGUCUCCUCUGUGACACAGCCGAUAAUGAAGUUACACCUACAGCAGCAGAAGGGUUAAUCUCGGUAUGGGCAAUAUAGACUCCAUGCACCAUUACUACUUCAAAUCACAGAAUUGGUUACAAAGUUGUAGUAAGUACAAAAAAAAAUAUAUAAGGAAGAAAAAAUAAUUCCAUCAAAACUUUAUAACUCUUUUUAAAAUGUUCUGAUGUGUUGUUUCCUUCUGAUUAUCUUUUUUUUUUCCUCAGGCUAAAGUAAUCAAAAUCAAUCCAUUGUACAUCAUGAUCCCAUGCACUCUUUCUUCCUCUUUGGCCUUCAUGCUACCAGUGGCCACACCACCCAACGCCAUAGCCUUCUCAUAUGGACAACUCAGGGUUAGUGACAUGGUAAGUAAGAAUCCCUUCAAUCAAGUGUCAAUUAUUCUGCUCAGCUGGAUUCUAAUCAGGAAAAUUAUCUAACGUGCCCACCAGUCAUAGAAAGAUACUUUAUGUCUCUUUUUAUUGGAGUUAUUGGGGUAUUAUAUUCACUGAACUGGUCUCUAAUUCUGUAUGAUGACUCUACAUAAUGUGCUCCUUCUAAUAUAGCCCUGUUUCAGUGUCACUCAAACAAUACUCAGUAUUUAAAACUUUUCAUUUAGAUGAUGGUACUUUCUGUAUUACCUACCUGAACAGACUACAUUACUGUUCACUAAAUCUCACUGGCUCCCAUCAGUGAUGAAUUGACCGAGCUAUGUAACUGUUCACAUUAUAUUUACCAGUCAUUAAUCUUUUUCUGUUUCAGUUAUGGGGUUAAGAAGUAAUACAGUUUAUUCUAUUUUUAUACAUACAUGCACACAUAAGCACAGAUGUUCAAGUUUAAAAUAAUUAUAAAACUAAAUUUAGCAGGUAAGAUAGGGGUAGGCAACCUUUGGCACUCCAGAUGUUAUGGACUACAUCUUCCCUGAUGCUUUGUCAGCACUAUGGCUGUAAGAGUAUUUUAUUUGGUUCAUGUGGUCUUAAAGUGGGUAAACAUAAUUGAUAAUUAAUAUACUUUUAAAAAAUCCAGAGCUUGCUUCCCUCCAGUAUUACGUAUACAAAUUACUAUUAUUAGUAUUAUGAAAUGUAUUGUAUAUAAAUCACCAUAAUCUAGUAUGUUUUCAUUCAUUUCUCAUAGGCAAAAGCUGGACUUCUUCUGAACAUCCUUGGUGUGCUGACCAUUACACUGGCCAUCAACAGUUGGGGCUUUUAUAUAUUUAACUUGGGCACCUUCCCUUCGUGGGCAAAUACCACAGGACAAUCUUAAUGCACAUUCUAUGGGAAUAGAAAAAUAUUAGUAUAAAUUACCAGUACAUUACAAUAGAGGCCAAAGGAAACUGAAAUGUAGAUAUAUGACUUCAUUGCCAUAUGAACUUUAUCUUCUCCGACAGUGCAUGUGUUAUUUCUCCAUCCUAACAACGAACACAAGGUCUAAGACCAGAUGAAACUUGCUUACUAUUACGACAGAUCUCAUAUUCAUUGAACUAGAAGGGAUUAGACUUUAAUGGUCUAUUGGAGAACUGGUGCAUGAAUUACACCCAUGUUAAUGCUGUAAGUUGAAAUAAUAAAUGUAGGUGCAAUGUAAAUGGCUCAUGAAUAGGUGAUGGAGCUUGCAAUGUGAUAGCAGUGGAUGCAAAGGGCAAAAUUACCUACAUUAUCAAAGAAUGGCCAGAAACUGAGUGAUCAGGUCACCAGGGAUAUUAUUAAGCAUUGUCUCUUCUCUAAAAGAGAUUUAUCUAGACUUACUUACUCUUGCAUAGUUUUUUUUUCUGUACAGAGGAGUUGGGCACGUUAGAUAUGCAUAUAUUUAGUUUGAUAUCUAAGCCCAAUUUCCACCCGAUCUCCUAAGCCUAAUCUGCCAUCAAGGGACUGGAAGAAGGAGAACUUGUUUAUAUGACCCAAUGUUGUUUCUAGGGUUGGCAACCUUCUGCACUCCAAAUAUUGUGGACUACAUCUCCCCUGAUCCUAUGCUAACAUUAUGGUUGUAAGAGUAUUAUGGGAGAUGUAGUCUACAACAUCUGGAGUGCCAAAGGUUGUCUACCCCUGUUCUAGAGGAACCUACUCCCACAGCACAUUUGCUGUGAUGUCCCCUAAUACUUGGACAUCAAAACAUCUCCAUUAGGUUCCCUGCUGUGUCCAAAUCUAUCUCUAGAAGUGAGGGUUAUCAUUAGCACAAAUAGGUUUUUAAAGUAUAUGAUUCUCAGACAACUUAUAAUGUGUAUGAUUCAGGAGAAUAGCACUUAGAAAAGCACAGAAAAAAAUCUAUCAUCAUUAGGAACAUCUAGGCCUCAACAAGCAUUGGAAACUGUAUUCCUUGGAAAAUAUAACAAAGAUACUGCUCAGGCACUCUUUAUUUCUAUAUAUACAUAUGUAUGUGUGUGUGUUCGGGGCAUUCUCAUAUGAUAUAGAAUAAGAUUGGUUGUAGAGAUGUAGCUUUAGGAAUAAUCAGUUGAGGUGUGACGAAACCAACGUAUGCUGUAGGCCGGUAAAAAGUGGGCUUACAUAGAGGAAAUAUGAACAAUGGGAAUGGAGGGUGCGGCUAUUCGUCUGACCAACAAAGGUAAGUAGGGAAAGGGGGGAGUCCCUUUUAUAGGUCUAUAGCCCCUCCCACAACUUCAGGCCAUGCCUUCCAAUUAGUGUUCGGGGCAUUCUCAUAUGAUAUAGAAUAAGAUGGGUUGUAGAGAUGUAGCUUUAGGAAUACUCAGUUGAGGUGUGCCGAAACCGACGUAUGCUGUUGGGCAAAAAGAGACAUAUUAAUGCAAAACAUUAUACAGGAUCAUAGUGCAUUUGUUAACCAUCAGGUAGACAUUUUAAUGAAAGCUGGUCUGUGUGUUUUAGAAGAUAAGAGGUCAACAGGCACUGUUGUUUAUGAUUUUGGCCGCUGAUAGUGAGUUAUUUUUUGGCCUGAGAAAGCCGUUAAAGGCUAGAUAGGUAGCAGUUUUGAUAACUGCAUUGGUGCGUGGCUCGGAAGAUGCAUGGUCGAGUAGUUCUGACAUGGUUUGAACAUUGUAUGUCUAUGGCCAGUAUUUAGUUUUAGCGGGAACGUCCGCCUUGGCUAUGUCUCUAAGUAAGGUAUGGAUGGGGUAGGAGGAUAGGAACCCUUGUUGUUUAGGAAGGAGAAAUAUGUAUAGUGUUGAAUGCCUGUGAGAUAAGUUUAACUGUGUUGUGUGAGAAUUUUUAACUUAAGGUGGCAAAAAUAGGCGAAGGCCAUAAGUGGUGAAAUCUCAAACCAGCUAUCUAAAUGAUGGUCUGACAUGAAACGUAUUGUAUAAGUGGAAAACCCUGUAGCAAGCGUGUUGAGUUCUGGUGGACAAGGCCAGUUUUGUCAGAGCCCGGUUAUGUUGGCGAGGUUCAUGUAAUCCAUGACCUUGACCAUAAAUGACCCCCCUGCCAUGGCGGCUGUCACGGAAGCUGCCACAAUAAAUUACCAUUACAUGUGGUUAAGAAAGUCCACUAUAUGUAUAGGUCUGCCGUGGCUUGGUUGUCUAGGGACAGCCCCUGAUCAUCAUGCGGGAGUGUGGAAAAAGCAAAGUGGUCUUAGAUGAAAGCGUGGCCUGCGGUAUGAUGCGCAUGGCAAAAUGUAAGGAACCUGGUAGGGAUUGUAGUUCCAUGCGUUUGCAAGUACAAAGCAGGAGGUGGUAAUUUGGUGUUGUUGCGACUGUUCCUAUUUCUCACGUGGUAACUUGUUGGCAUGGAUGCCAAGUCAAGUUGUGUGCCCAGGAAUGUAACGAUAGUGUCUGGGUCUUCUGUGACCUUAGGGAAUACUGGGACACCCAAGUGUUCAGACAUAAUAAUGGCUUCCUUGAAGCUUCUAGAGGGAAAGGCGUUCCCUUUGACCAACAAGAAAUCAUCUCGUGAGUAUGACUGUGGGGCAUCUGGAUAUGUUUAACCACAACCAGUAAAAGAGUUCAACAAAUAUAUUGAAGAUUGUGGGCUGCUCUUGACCUGAAAUCUAAGUGGGAGAAGAAAUAUAUAACUGCUGCCCAUAAAUGUCCUGUAAGUGCCAGUGUAGGGUGGAUGGUGGCAGUCUGAAAUGCGUUUGUGAUAUCAGUUUUACUUAACCAGGCUUCCCCCCCUGCUUGAGUGAAAGCUCUAAUGGUAUGAACAAUGGUGGCAUACUGUAAUGAAAACUCCUUGGAGGGUAUGAGGGAGUUGAGACUUGGGGUAGCCGAGGAGUGAGGUGCAGAUAAGUUUAUGAUCAGUUACAGUGUGAGGGAAGAUUCCCUGAGACAAUCCCAAUGGGAUUGCGCCACGCUGUAAAUGGUGUAGAUCGGAGAGGCCCAGGUAGAAAUCUUUCUGCCAUUUCUUGGGCCAUGAGUGUAAUGCCAGCUGUUGGAUGCUGCUGUGAUGACUGCAGGUUAGGGCAUUCUAGAUUCCCCCAAAAGUAUAUGGCAAUACCUGUACAGAAGGCCUUUAAAAUUCAGAGAUUAGGAAAUCAACUAAAUGUCUGGAAGGGUGAUGAGUUUGAAAGUACUGGAAAUGCAUAAUGUUUACAGAAGUGAAGUGAGGUUCAGGGUACAUUUAUUGGGACACAUGGUUUGCAUGUGCCCUGACAUAUUGAGAACAUAUCUGCAACAGUCUGCAUGCACCAACAUGGAAAUUGUUGCAAAUCUGGGAUUUGCCAAAGAGAAUGAGAUGACCCAAUUUGUCUCUGGUAGUUCGCUACGGUUUGAGAGUCCCUGAGACACCAAAUGCGAUGCUGACUGCAGAGAAAGCCACUGGAAAGCCCUGCUGCAGGAUUCCUGGACACAGCUUGGAGUAGGAGACCUCAUGGAGCAGAGGUGAAACCAAAAUGGUGUCUUGUAUGACCUGGAAGUGGAUAAUUAUAUAUCUUGUUUUAUAAUUUGUGAAUGAUUCAGUCAGCAGCAAACAUGGAUAUAUCCUGCCGCUGGUGCUGAGAAUAUAUUUCCAACCGUAUACACAGGUUUUACUUACUGAUUGCUCAAUUUCUACCCUUUAACAUAUUUAAAACUUGCAUAUCUCUCAACUAUGUCUGACCCUAGGAGGAAUAAAACUCAUUCCAGCAUGCCCUCUGCCUGCUGUGAAAUCAUCAAAAUGGUCUAGGGCGCACAAACCACACAGCCAUACUCAGCCAGUUGGAUGCUUCUCAUAGAGAAGAAUUAUUCCAAUGCUUCUUAUUGAGAGCAUUAAGAGAAUUAAGAGUCACCCUCCUGUGAAUGAUGAUGUGGAACAUGCAGAAAAAAUAAAAAGACUUAAUGAGGAAAUAUCUCAAAACAGCUUGCAAAACCUGCAGAUCUCUUGUCUGCAGCCUUUGCAAGCAUUCCCCUUCUAACCUCGCUCAGACUUUCUGUGGCUGUCCAAAGCAGCUCAAUGAGAAUUCUUUGCAAGGCAGGUGUUCUGGGCAAUUGCUGCCUCUUGAGUUCAGUGCAAAUAAGCUAACCAAACCAGGAAGUAUCAGGACCUGCUGUCUGAUUGAAAAGUCAGUGGGUGGGUGUAAGCAGUAUACUUUAUAAAAGUGUCAAUUUCUUUUGAAAUCUGCACUAUUUCCAAAACAAAAAAAGGGAGGUCACACUUUUACACAUACACAAGCUUUUCAGCAAGCUAAAUUUGUUUAGGGGUCUGAAGUGUUCCUUAACAGGAAAUAGGGUCUGGAAUAGUGGUGCAAAUAUUCUCCCAUCUCGUUUUCAGAUAUCUCUUAAAAGUUAGACACAUGUUUUGUUGUUUUUCUCUAUUAAAUAUUGUGCUAGUGUGUUCAUGACAGAGCAGAGUGCCUCAUUCCAUAUCCAAACUUUAAGGCAACUUAAGGCAGUAGCCUAGCGCUCAGGAGAUGAACUGCAGCCCUGGACAUCAUGAAAUACUUGUCCAAAGUUGAACCAAUUCACUAUAUACUAAGAGUGAUGGGACAGGGCAAAAUCUUAUAACCAGCAUCAGGCCUCAUUCUGAGUGAAAUCAUCCAGACUUAUGUUUCCAUAAAAUUGGUACACAGGUCCUAUUGGUCCUUGUUAAAUAAACUCCAUAACGCAAACGCCGGUAAAGUCAUCUGUAACUAAUAUGCUAGUUUUACCAUUCAUCCAACGACUCCUAGGUAGUGGCCAAUAUAUUCAGCAGGGGGAGCUGUUUGAUCAAAAUGAAGGUGUUUGAACUGAAUUGUUCCAAUAAAAAACUUAAGCUAAUCAACUUAUGUUAAUUGUAGUAGACAGACAGACAUUGAAAGACAUAGUCUGAUUUAAUUGGUACCUGUUAUUUUGUAAUAUGUAAUGGGUCUUAAUUGAGUUUCUGAGCAUUAAGGUCCAUGAUAUUCACUUAGCAUUAAAAUAUGCAAAAUGCCUUUACAAUUCAUCAUAUGGAUGUGGUUCUGAUUGAAAUUAUAUUAAAUGUACUUGUCCAUGCAAGACUAGACCUGUUCCAACUAACAAGCAAAUACUUUUUAAUUUUUUUUUUUAAACAGAGCUAUUCAUUGAGUCCAGUGUAUAACAUUAUAUGUCGCUGAAAUUGGCUAAAUAAUGAUUGCACCAACAUAACAAAGUUCACAAAUGCUCAGCUCGCAAAUUGUAGUCCUGUUUAACCUCGCAUGCACAGCACAGCGCUAGGCACACUGCUGACACUUGGGGAAUAGAUCACAUGACUACAGAAUAGUAAAGAGAUUUUUUUUUUGCUGCAAAUGAUCAAAUAAUAAAAAAGAAAUUAUAAAAAGUUCCUUUGUGAAAGGGUUUUCAA